GGCUGACUAAAGUAAAACACAAUUUAGGGUAAAAAAUAAAUAUACAUAAGUAAAUUGACUGAGGUAAGACUCAGUUAAAAGCCAGACUAAAAAGGUGGGCCUUAAUUUCACUUUUAAAAAUACAAACUCUCUGAUAUGUGCUGUCCUCAGGUCUUAAGAUAGACUGUUUCACAGACGUGGGCUGUAAUAACAAAGAGCUGCCUUUCUGGUCUUCAGCAGCAUCCUUGUAGAUGAGUUUUGUAGCAGCUGAAGCUGAAAGAUGCCCAUAAAGAAAAGCACUACAAUAGUCUAUUCUGCAUGUAAUACAAGCAUUUUCACUGGCUUGAGAGAAAAAGUGUCGCACUUUUGCAAUGUUUUACAGGUGAUGAUAAAGCGUGUUUUGUGGUUUCUUUCAUAUGAGGCUUUAAACUGAGAUUUUGACCAACUAUCACGCCUAGAUUCUGCACUUACAAGGAUUAAAAGACAGUGCUUGGAGUCUUGCAUCCAGUUUUUUUUUCCUCUGAGCUCCAGUACCAAUGACUAAAACCUGAGUUUUUUUCUGGUUGAGCUGUAAAUAGUUCCCUGCCACCCAUGAUUUACCAUUAACAAUACACUUUAAAAGGGUAUAAAUUGGCCCUGGGUCAUGGUACAAUUCAUUGCAACUAUGGACAGAUGUGAGGGAGGGGAGACGGUACAACACGGGUGAAGAGUUCCCAUGAAACAGGUAAGAAAUGACACGAGUCUGUUAACUGACAGAUGUUAUUACAAACUUUAGUUCCUCUAUUGCUACUAGUUAGACAAGCCCCUAACCAUUACGAUGGCUCUGUAGAUUUUGGAAACAGUGAAUAACUAGUUUGUCAUUAGCAUAGAAGCUAACGCCAGAAAGCUAACGACCAGCUAUGCUAGUUUACACCUUAAAUGCUGCGUUCUCCAUCUCCCAAAUUUAAUACGCGAAGCAGUGUUAAGAAGACAUCCCAACCACCAAACAAAACAUAAAAUAAGUAAGUUACCUGCUUUGGUGCGCACACAGAAGAAGCAAGGACAUUCAGACCCAAACAUGCUAGUCUGUGGACCGCCAUAUUGAAUGGCUGCUGUACAGAACUACCAAGAAAUAUGUUAAAGAGAAAAACAGCGCCACUCGACGACCGGGAGGGAAAAACUAUAUACAGGUUAUGAUCAGAAAAAUCCAGUUUUCACGUCUGUGUUUCACUUACACAACUUUAUUAAUAUUUUCACCAUAAAUUCGUCUUAAAUGCAAAUUCACGGCCCAUUCUCCAUUAGUCUAAGGAGUCAAUCAGGAUAGGAGUUUGAGUUUAGGCCCCCUGCAAUGUCACUUACAGACCAUCAGAUGGUAGUGUUGUGAUGUGAUAAGACAACCACCUCCUUCUCUUGUAACCCAUUAAAGGUCCCACUUCAUACUAAAUGUAAACCUCAUGGGUGGAUGAAAUCUCAUUGUGAAAAGCUCAAAUCUGUGUUCCCCUGAGUCCAGUUACAAUGAAAUUUGUGUUUUUUUUCAGGAAGUCACGCAGGGAAAAACAGCACAUUGUGAUCUCCUUUUAACAUGUGGUUCAGCAGGACACUGUUCUAAAAGCGCUUUGGCACAUAGAUAAAAUUAACAACAGCCUUAGAGUCCGGCAGUUAUUCAUGUGGAGUUGUAAAAGGACACCAUACAGAUGCUACUAUUCGUAAAACUUACAUUUGAAGUAUAGCUAGUCACACGCACAACAUUCAAAUCACUAUGGGUGAGUGAUAUGUUUUUGAUUAAUGAAAACAUCGGGGAUUACUUAAUUUUAACUCAAGGUCAAAAAAAAUUCCUUGUCCUCUAUUUUUCUGGGUUAGACAGCAAUGGAUAUUUACAAAUCACUUUCACUGUAAAAUCACUUGGCUGUCAGCCAAGAAAAAUAGCUUCUGUUUAGUUUUGGAGAUCCUGAAAAAAAACAGCGUCGUUAUUUAACAGCAGUAGUAUAUCAUACUUGAUCCACUUUGUGGCCCUCAGUUUGUUCUGGCUCAUACUUCAAACUAGGUGAGCAAAAUCUCUGAAUCUCUCCGAAUUCUUUUAUCUCCAUUGUGCAGAGAUGUCACAGGCUCGAAGAGAUCUGAAAAUAAUCUUAUUUGUUUUCAUGUAUUGUGAAAUGUAUGAUAAAUGCCUGGCUGCAAGUUUCUGUCAGCAAAAGUAAAACUCCGAUGACAAUAUACCUUUCAGCUGGUCAACUGUAAAUGUUCUUUCAUUACAUUAUUGACAACUUGACUGAGGCCAAUAACAAGCAUUUUCAUACCUAAUUAUGUAAAUGUCAGACUUUUUGAGGAUCAGGCAUUAUGGUUCAUAAAUACAUGAAGCAAAUUUUGGAAUGGGGAAUCAAAUGAGGCAUCAAAAAGAAUAUGUGAAAAGUAAUUAUAAUUAGCACUGGAACAUCAUUAAAACAGAGUAAACAUUUAGGAAACUAAACUAAAGGCAGCUUGAAGAGGAGCCCUAAGUGCUUUAUAAAGCUGACCAAUGUUGACAUUACGAUUGGUUAAUUGAUGGCAUUGCAGUCUCUUGUCAGUUCAAAUUAAUUGACAAACUGAGUGUAAAGGUUGUGUUCCCCAACAGCAGUGUGGUUGUCCGUCCUUUAAGAGACCAAGGAUCUGGAUCACAGCAAAGACAUAAGAGAUCCAAGGACAAGCUUAAAACUGAUGUGUCACUGAAAAAAAAUAUUGGAUUAUUUUAUGGCAGAGCAGAAAGGUAGCUUCUGGAGAAUACACAUAAAAAUGUAGUUACCAGUAUAAUACUUGCAAAUUUCUCUGGUAUGAAUCCCAUUGUCGUCAACAAGCCUGUAUACAUGGACUGCCUGUUUUUCAUUCAUUAAAGUCUAUACCAUCUAUAUAGAAACCUUCAGUGGCAACACUGUGAAGCAGAUGCAGUGUCCUUCAUAAAGCUCUAAAGUGAGACUUGUUCCCCCCAUGUGGCAAACUGAAACUGAAAGAAAACACUCUGUUUCUUCUAAUAAACACCAGAUAGACAGCCAUCGGCAACUAACCGGCCUCUCUGGUGUUCAUCAGCUCCAAAUUCUGUUAUAGCACUUAGGUUUUUCUUUCAGGGCGAUUAUAGUAAACAAGGAACUUCUGAAUGAACAAAUAUUUGGCUGUUUUCCAGCAGACUACAUGGGGAUGAAAAUGUGGUCAUUUUGGAUGCUUUAGUUGGACACAAUACUUAUUUCUGAGGGAGGGGAAGUGCAUAAACACUUUUUUUGUGAUAUCUUAAUAUUAGAUAUAAGGAAAAACAUGUAGCAUAGGGGUCAAAGUAGCAAAUCCAAACAUACCAUUGUAUUUCAAUAAAUCAUACAAAGCCCACCUAAUCAAGAAGCACUAGUCAGGAGUCAAAAAGUCGUGACAUAUGUUUUUAUAAAACUUAACAGAGCUCAACUUUGGAGAAAAUGUGAUCUUAGCUGAGGUCAUGGUUAGAGCAUCGCACCACAUCUCAGCGUGAACUCCUCUGGUGUUUCAAAUAUUUGAUACCCGUUUGGGUGCAGUCAUUUCCAGCUGCCAAAACAAAAUAUUCCUUCGAUUUCUAUAACAUAAUAUUAUAUUAUAUGGACCCAUAAUGUGAUGGAAUUUAGAAGAAACUGGGGUGUCACGCCUCUUUGGAUGAGCUGGAUCCACUGGAAAGACUGGAAAAUAUCCACAGGCCUAAAAAUUGUGAUGGUCAUUCCAAAUAGUUGAUACAAACACAUGUUUUUUUACUUUAAAAAACAACAUGACUAUCUGUGUAUUCUCUGUGUAGGCAACACUUUUACCAUCUGUCAGUUGGAACGAAUGAAUUCAUUUCAGGUGAAUAUAAAAUCCUCCUUUGCAUUCGCCUUUGUAGCAAACUUGAACAAACAAGAUGAUGAAACAAGAACAGAUAGAAAUAAAAUCAGCCAGUAUUCCUCUAACUCAAUAAAGUUGACAAACCUCUCAACAUGUUGUAAAUUUCACAGCAGAACCCCAUUUUCUAGGCUUACAAGUGGAGUUUCAUUUUAUUAUGUCUCAUAUAGAAUUUGGCCUGUAAAAAGAAGUGAACAUAUGUUAAAGUAUUUUAAGGUGCUUUAAUGAAUCAAUGACAAAGCAAACCAUUCAGACUGGUCUUGGAAACUCAUACAGUCCUGAAUGUCUAAACAUUGCAGAGGUGCAUGUUGGGAAAAAAUAAGUCAGAAAAAUCAUAAUAAAAAUAUCUUUUAUCACUGUUCAUGUUUAAAAGAGACAGGCUGUUGAAAUGAAUCCUAGACAGUCUUUUUCUGCAUCAGUGUUUCUUUUAUAGGACAUUGAAGGCUGUCUCGUUUUAGGAACUGCAUAUUGUUGUGACAUUAUUUACUCACAAGUCUUUGCCCGUUAUGACACAUUCACUGACACAUCAGUGUGGGAACUCCUUGUUUUAGUAAUGAGUGUCCAUUUAAAGCAGAUACAGAUCAUUUGGUGGGAGGCUGUGACCUGAGUGAGUCAGAGGUCUCUGCUUUCCAGACCUCAGGAAUGCCCAGAAUCCCCCCUGGGAGGAAGAGAGAAAAAAGAGUGGGAGAAAGAGAAAGAGAGAGAGAGAGAGAGAGAGAGAAAGAUACAGAAGUCAAAUAUUGUGAAUAAUUUAAUGGUAUUUUGAAGCAUAAAAUGCAUAAAAUACAAAAAUGGGAAACUUUUCUUAGAUUUAUCAUUUCAUAUGCAAAGCUGAUUUAUCAAAACUUGUGGUCAUAAAUUUUAACUAGACAUAUAGGAAGGUAAAACUAAAAAGUUUGUGUAUGGUGAUUGGAGUUAAUAUAUCUUUAUAUUUAAUGAGGAAGAAACACAGUCUUAGAGAAUUUAUAAUGCCUAUAUCUCCUUCUUACCAAGACUGCAAAAGUAAAAUCAUUUGAUAUAUUUGUGCAAUUUUUAUUCAUCUUUUAUUCAUAGUAAUGAUGAUUUUUUUAAGUCUCUAAAUUUUUAAUAUCCUUGAAGUAGUGUUUGUCAACCACUUUAAAUUUUUAUGGAAAACAGUGUGGGCAUCACUCAUCGGCCUGGUUGUCUCACUUGUUUUAUCAUCCUCUUGCAGUGCAGAUUGGAAAUAUCCUAAAUAUUAUCAAUCAUAAAAUUGUAAGACUCUGAACUGGGUCAUUUGGUAAAGUGAAAACAAUGAGACUCAUCUGCAGAUCUGCUGCUCUCACUUAGCUGGUGGGGGUAUUUAAUAAAGCCAGUGACUCUUCUGCAAAUUUAGGUUCAUUAUUUAAAUCAAAUGUUUGAUACAUAUCAUCGUAAGGACAAAAAAAAAAAGAAGCUUGUUAGGGUUUUGUCUGUCAGAGGAUGUGAAUUCCAGUGCGCAGCCUAAACUACAUGUGCGUGACUGUAGUUAAAGGCGUUAGCUUAAAUGUUGAGAAAAGCAGAAAUACUGAAAAACUGCAAAAUCUGAAUACAAACGAGUCAGGAGCACUGGAGGGUGGAGAAGAAAAUAAAAGAAGCAGGUGGGGGGGCUGGAUACCAACACACAUCUGUGAUUAUACUCAGUCAAGGGACCACCAGGGCUUUAGGAAGUGUAGUCCACAAGCUUUGAAAACAAAUAUUUCAUGACCCUGGAGAAUCAGGUAAAGAGUAACUCCCUGUGCUAUUUUACAAAGCGGAAAUCAUCUUUUGUCUGUGUUUGUGAACCUUUGUUUUUUGAGGGCUUCAUCUUGUCAUGUUUGUGUUUUGAUCAUUUUGAGCUCUGUUAUAAACCCCCAAUAAGACAACUAGACUAGAAUAGUAUGGUACUUAUUUCUAACUGUCACUUUACCUGUAUGGAUCCAGUGGGUCUUGUUGUUCUGUUAGUCCAAUCUUUUCAAUUUUAUCUAAUCAAAUUUUGCACCAAGGUUUUUUCCUUUAGAAGAAGGUUAAACUUUUUUUUUAUUUUCAGUCCACAAAUCAAGCCUCAAAAACUAGACAGGAUUUUUAUCCUCCCAGAUUAACAUUCUGGACCAAACACAGCAUGACUCUGAUUAUAGGAAAACCGAACUUUACAAGGCCAAUUUAGAAAAAAGACCUUCUCACUAUAUCUUGAUUUUAUGAAGAAAACAACUGAACCAGCAAAAUUGAUAAAUAAAUAAUUUUAAAGAAGCACUGUCUUUUGAAAUGAUAUUCAAUACAUUUAAAGCUACAGUGAGGCACUUUCUGUAUAUGUCAGUUUUGGCACCCCCUGUGGACAAAGCAGUCUUUACCCUCUACAUGCUUAGGUAUGCUACAUCCAGCAUCCUUAAGCUUGGAAUAAUCUUUGACUCUGACUUCACAUUCCAACAGUGUGUUAAUCACACUACCCAGGCCGUCUUCUACAUUAAAGAUUUCACCCGUCUCCGACCUUCACUCUCCUUCUCCACUGUUGAAACUCUGAUCCAUGCUUUUUGAUUGAUUACUGCAAUAGCAUCUUGUGUGGUUCACCCUCCACAAUUAUCAAUAAAUUAUAAUACAUCCAAAACUCUUCUGCUGGCCUCCUCAGUGACCAUAUCAUUCCAGUUCUCCAAAACCUCCAAUGGCUCCCUGUUCACCCAUGCACUCAGUUCGAAAUCCUUCUCCUCACCUUCAAAGCCCUCCAUAAUCGGGCCCCCUCCUACCUCACUGACCUGCUCCACCCCUACACUCCUUCCCGCUCCCUCCGAUCCACACACCCUAACCUUCUUACCCCUGUGGUGAGGACCAAGCACCAAACAUGGGGGGGUCCGGGCCUUCUCCAUAGCUGCCCCAUCCCUCCAAAACUCUCUCCCCAAACACAUCCUGGACUGUACCAAUAUAUCAAAGUUCAAAUCCCUCAUCAUCCUGUUCAAAUCUGGUUUCAGUUGUUAAUGCGAAUGUAUUUUAGCCUGUCUUUGUUUUUAUUACUACUGUGUUUUUUUCCCUGUAAAGCAUCUUUGAGUGCUAUGAAAACCUCUAUAUAAAUAAAAUGUAUUCUUCUUCUUCUUAUUAUUAUUAUCAUUAUUGAUUUUGAAAAAACUCUCACCCUGCUGACUUUUGACAGUCAAAUUAAUCAUUUAUAAUGUGUAUUUCAGGUGAAAACUAUGGAAACAGAGCUGCUGUAAUGCUGCUUGGCUGACUCCUACCCCUUUGAACUAGUUUUAGGUAGUAAAAAUUAGGGUAAAAAAUCUCAUCUGUCUUGCAGCUGAUGGUUUUGCUUGCUUUUCUGUAUCACAAAAAUGUGUUAUAUGAAUUUCAGCCCAUUCUGUAAAGGUCAAAAAACUUCUCAAAGGAGCUCUAAUGAAGUAAAAUAUGUUCACAGAGAGCAUGGUGUUGACUUUUAAUGACUAAACCAUGCAUGUAAGAUGAUCCCACUUUUCAUACGUAUUUUAAGAUGAACAAUGCCCCAAAUACAGGUCAAUAAAGUAUUAGAAUUUUUGUGAAAACUGAGCCAAGAUCAGUGAAUACAAAGUGCUCAAAGUGCGUGACUUUUGCUCUCGUCUGGUGAGUCCCAGAGAUCAAACAUGCUGGGUUAUGUCAGCCAGGAGGGCAGGAGGGUCACAUCUCCACACAGAGUCCCGUUACAGGAUGACAGGACCUGGAGGACUGGUAUCCACAUCAGUCCAUGCAGGAAGCAUCUCUCACAGCUGUUGACACCAGCUCAUCAGCCAGACUGCAGCUAGACUCAAACUGUCUUGUUCAAUAUGUCAAUGCGCUUUAGUGUCUGCAUGCAAAUGAACAAAGACCCUUUAAUUAUCAUUGUGGUUGCAGGUUUUUAAGCUUAGUUUGUCAACAGUGAGGAACAAGAAAGUCUAAUUUAGUGCUUUAUUUUUUGUAGUUUGUUUUAUUGUGGAAAAGGUUGAGACAAAAAAUGUAUUCAGGCUUUGUGGUUAACAGCUCCGAGUUCUUAAAGUCGUGAUCUGAAGCAGAUGUGUGCAAAAGACCACAGCAGUUUUUUUUCUUUUAAAUAUAAAACGUCUGUAAGUCUUUAUGCCAUCUAAUGAAUCGGAGACCACAUUAAAAAUAAUCUUUAAAAACAAUCUGAAGGCCAUUUGUGAUUGCCAUUACAGUAGUUGAACAACAUUGGUGGAUAAUAAUGACCUCUUAACAGAUCAUUUCUGCACAUGUGUCAACUUUGAUACUGAGGCUGCCAAAAGAAACAAACAAAAAAAAUCAUAAAACUCAGAUGUGGUAUGCAUUUAAGAUAACUAGUACCAGAGAAGCAGAUUGCAGUUGAUGUAAAAGUGCAUUAUAUGUGUCCCAAAGCUGUUUUCAUGUGCACAGUGUGGUGAGCGUAAAAAAGCUGAUUGCACAACAAGGGUUUGAAACACUUACACCAAACCUCCAUAUGGCACUGGUUUAUUUCCCCAGAAUAACUCGUGCAGAUUUAUCUACACUGCGCACUCUAAUCUGAUCUGCUUUCCAGCAAAGUCACACACGUUAAGUUUACACCAGUUCAGAAUAUAAAACAGCUCCAGAGACAUUUCACAAGUAUAAACACACAGAAAGUAACAUCAGUACCCGGUUUGGACCAUGUUCUUCUAAUCUGAUCAUGACACUUCCAUCUAAACAGUGAGAGGACAUUUUGUCACUAUUUUUAAAUGUUUGGUUGUUUUUUCACUGAGAUGGAACAUUUUCAUCUUGGGUAUAAUCUAGUCUAAUAACCCCCAGACAGAUAAGCCACACAUCUAGUCAAACAUAUGCCAUGUGCUGGAUUUCUAAGGGUGCUUGGACCUGUCUGUCAAGUCCUGUUGUACUUUCCCUCCAGAUCUAAUCAAUUAAGCAAAUCAACAGUUUCCAGAUCCACAUGGAAACACACAAUCAGUGAUGUUUGGUUGUCUUCACCACAGUUAGCCAGUGUGUGAUUAAGUCUACCAUAUAGUUCAAAGAGUAUGCUUAAUGUGUGCCUUGUAUAUUUACUUGAAAGGAUCCUUUGAAGGAUUACGGUUUAAGUUAUGACGCUGCUGUUUCAUUCAGCAGACACUUAUGUUGAAAGCAAUGUACAUCUGAGAAUAAGUCAAAUGCAAGCGAGGAUGUAGGCACGAGGGAACAAUGGGAGUGCCGUUUCGAAUCCAAUAGGACACAGGCUCUUACAUGCAGCACUCGAGGCCAUUCACAGUGUGUAUAGGAGCUGGUUUGUAUUGUUAAGAUUUUUUUGUUUAAGGUACUGAGAGUGGUUGUUUGAGGACAUAUAGACAUGCGGUAGACAUGAAUAUCUGAUGCCUUCAGAAUGUAUUUACCACAUGUGCCCAGGUCAUCCCAGGCUGUAGGCUCUAUCACGGCAUGGCGUCUCUCACAGACACAAUGGUAAAGUCUGUUUUUUUUUCUAAAGAGAGUGUUUUGGUUGGGUUUGUGCACAAAAGCUCAUUGUUUCGUAUAAGUGAGGGAACUCCACGUACAAGUGCAAGAAAAACAUCAUGGGGACAUAAACUGCCUCCACAGUGUCUUAAAUUUUGCACAAGACUCAAACUCUGGUAUUUUGCAUUGAAUGACUUAAAAAGCUUUUUGACAGCUUUAUAGCUCAUUGACUGUCAAAACACAAAACCAUAAAUUCUGCAAGUGCUUACAUUUGAUUUUAAUUUGAAAAUUUUCCUUGUUUCCCCUUUUCAAGAGUCAGGAACAGCCAAGAGACUAGCAACUUAGCCUAGUUGAUAUACUUGUGCUCGAAACACAGGUCUUUGGCAUAAAUGUCUUGCAAUGGCAAUCUUUUUGAUAUGAUAGAACUUUUUCUUUUUCCCUGUAGUAAAGUGGGGAAGAUUGGCUGAGUAAAUAACCCAGAUGAACCGCAUUCAAAACCGUAUGUCUUUAUGCUAAACUAGGCUUACCUGUUGCUUGCUUUGGAGUUGUGCUCACCAUGAAUGCACUGAUCACACUUUUAAGUCCUGAUACUGACAACUCGUCUUUGGUAUUGACUAAAAACUCAUUACAUCUGGCCUUGCUACAAGUAACCUGUAAGUAAUUGCAUGUCAUUAGGCAGCCUAAUCCCUGCAUGUAAACAAUGCCUGCAAGCUCUUACAUAUGGUUGUUCUAAUGUCAAAUAUAUAAGCAUCAGGGGGCUGGUAUUUAUCUUGGCAGGAAGGACAAACAAGUUGAUGGUAACAAGCUGCAGCGGGCAUAAAGAGUUUCCUCUGAAAUCUUGAAUCUGCUCAAAGGAACAUAUUUCGAGGAAAGAUUAAGAUAUUAUAGCAAUGCUCUUUGCCUCAAUAGUUAAGCUACUUUACUUUUACAGCUUCAAUUCUUUUUUCUAUCAGUUUUCUCAAUUUAGUAAGAUUGAUGUUGGUCUCUUUUCAUAGCUUCAUUCAAGAUUUAACAGUCCUUAUGGGCCCUACUGUGUCUCAACUGAGCUUUUAGGGAUGCUCCUUAAACACCCCUCUUACAACCAACUAUCUUCAAUUAAAAGCACAUUGUCAAUUAUCUAACAAAGUACUGGUGAUUCAUGCAGUUUACCUGCUUAGAUGUUUCACCAACAUCACGUAUUUACUGUCAUAACUGGUUACUCAAUAUUUUUUAUGAAUGGACAAUCACUGUCAAAAAAAGAACAUCUCUAUCCUGUUACUGAUUUUCUCUUCAGGAAGUCCAUUGUCUUCUUUUAUUGAGGCUGACAUCUGGGCUCUAGUUAUGAAAGAAAGAGUCCUAAAAUAAAGAGCAUGGGAAAAAUGUAACCCAAAUCAGCUUCCAACCUAAUUGAAAAGUAGAAGCUAUAGUGGUGUCUGGGGCCAGUAUUUCCCACUGUCAUUAAGGGAACAUGAACAAGCACAUCUGGUAUUGUUAUUUUACAGCCAACCAGUAAUUUCCAGUCAUGUUUUGGAUGUGUGAGUUUUAAAUCUGUCAGAAUCAAUUACCAGGGUAAUUUUUUGGAAAUGUAAGUGUAUUUGGAGAUUUUCUCAUUCAGCAUUUGACAGCAAGUGUGUAACAAAGAAAGAAAGAGGCUUUUUCCUGGCAUGGAGUAUCAGAGGGGCUACUGUUGGAUAUUUAUAACCAAAGGUGCUUAAAAUUGAGAAAAGAGUUCCUCACUGGGAAGGAAGACUCAUUUCCAGAUCUGUGACGAUGCCCUAUAUGCAGAUAGUUAUGGUUUGGUUUUAAUGAAGACUCCUAGGGAGUAACAGACAGUGAAACAAACCAAGUCCAGGCUAAACCAAUGGGGAUAGACCAUUAUACACACAACUGUUGACCUUCUGCCUUGUCAUUCUCUGGAGUUUGAUGCCAGAAACACCUUCAUUCAAAAUCUUCAGAUUUACAGUCUGCUUUUGCUGUGGUGGAAAAAGGUUGGAGGGAAGGUUCGGAGGGGUGGGGUUACUUUUUUCACAGAGAAGAGUACAGACAUGCAACCCAUUCAAGUAAACGUAACAUAAAAGUCAUCCCGCCGUGAAGAGUUCCGUUACAUCUGCUGUUAGUGUAGGGUACGAUUCCCGAUUCCCAGCACUGGGCCGAGAGCUACAAGCCCUUACAAUGGAGACGCUUAUGUUUCCCUGAAUAUGUGGUUACACGCAUGAAAAGUUUUCUCAGUGUCGCAUGAAGCACUGCGAAUGUCAUCACCUCCAAACAGCAUGUCUGAGUGACUGAUAAGUGAAUGAAGGAUGUUCAAUGAGCCAAUCUGACGUUUACAGUGUUUUUAGUGUUCAGUUGACCAGAAAGAUCACCAUCUCACAUUAGUAAUAACCAACAAAGUUGUUAUAUUUAAAGCAUUUGAGAGGGUCAAUGGAUUGAUUGAUAACAUAGGGACUGAGAGAUGGGAAUAAUCAGUUUUAGUUUUUACAUUUUCAUGCCAAGUUUACCAAUGAACUGCAGUCAACUUGUUUCAAGAAUCUAGGUUGUUUUGUUUUCCCCAAAACUGAGAUGUGUCCAACCAAACCACAGCAAGCUGAUGUGGAAAUACCUUUUUGAUUAUGCCAUUGUCUCUAAAAUAUAUCAAGAUAAUAAGGAUAGUUGCCAGCAGAAACAGAAACCUAAGUUGUUAAAAAAAAUUGUUUUAAUUACUGAUAACAGAUUUUUUGUAAUGAUUGGUCUAAAAGUGGUUAUAGGUGUCCAUGUGUGUGACUGCAUACCACUUGACCAGCCUGGAAUGGGUUUUCCAGUGUUCUGUCAUUUGGUCCAAACAUUUGAAUCUGAUUUCAUUUAAGCAAAUCCACAGCAGCACAUUUUUCUGCACUUGUACGAAAUAGACUCAGGCCUAAUUAUAAGCUGAUGUAGUUUGUAGUCAUGUUGUCAUCUAUUGGCCUUUCUUUCCUACACUUAAAAUCGUGCAUAGUUGUGAUUAAGAAAGUGUAAGAUAUAUGCAUCUUUGUAAUACAUUCUCCACAACUAGCACAAUAUUUUAUUAAGUCAGAAAUUGAAAUUUUGACAAAUGAACAACUUUAUAGACAGAGGAACAAUCAGAAAACAGUGUGACACAGUUAAUUUAAUACAGUUUAAUGAAGGAUAAGUGAGUCAAACUGUUUUGUAAAGUGUUGUAAACAUUUACCUGUCCUCCUCACAGGUUAAUGUUCACGCCCCUGCACUGGUUUUGCACUACUUAAGUUCAAGUUCUAGUUGACACAGACAAAGCUAGCAUACAAGUGCACCUCUAUUCUAGAUCAUCCUGCCAAACCAUGCUGCAUGAGAUGCAUCUUGAUAUCUGGGCUUGUUUACAUCUGGGUAAUACAGCAUUACAUAGCCAGGGCCAAACAGAUUCCCUCUAUUCUUCCAAAUGACUUUUUUUGUCUUUUGUAUGAAGCCGUUUAGCAAAUAUAUCAAAUACAGUGAGUGAGAACUUUUUCUAUUACUGAGUUCAAAAGGAAAUAAAACAAUUGUUCUUUAUCUUCCUCACGUAUUCUUUUUUCCCCUCUGUAAAAUUCUGAUUCCAGGAGCUUUUUUAAGCUCUUAUCUGUCAGAGUUACUGUCACACUUGAUGUUGAUCCUUUCAUUAUUUCUUUUGAUGCAGAAAGCAUAGAGCUUUGUUCUUAAUAAUAAAAAUCUCUCCACAUGAAAAGGCGAAUUCAGUGCAACUUAAUCUUUAAUCUUUUGAGUCUUUGUUCUCUCUCUGUAGUAUAACUUAAAAUAUCUAAUCUCCAUAGGUGUCUGACAACAGAGAUGGGUAAGAUGUGUAUAAAACUUAGCCAAAAGAUCAAGUCUGCAGCUUCACUGUAAAUAAAUUGAAUUUCUAAGGCAGCUUGUUUACUUCCACAGGAAGUGUAAAUUCUCUGUAAUAACUGUGUCAUCAUUAAGCAUCUGGCGACCCAUUCAUCUCUGUCCCGGUAUGGUCCAAAGAGCAGUUUGCCUCUGAAAGCAGAAGGGACAUUUCUGCAGGAUGACAGAUAGUAUCUUUCAAGAGUUAUGUUGCUGUUCAGAGCCAACAAUUUCAUCUUUGUUUGUUUUGCUUUCUUCUAAAAGCUGGAAAAUAUGCUCAAAUGAAACACCUCAUCCAUCUCAGACUUACUUGUCAUAAAAGUGGCAUCAUCAAGGAAAUAAAAAUAGCAAAGUUUACAAGGACACCAUACUUCCAAGCGGCUCAAAUAGAUAAAUAAAUAACUUAUAAUUAGCUAAUUAGCUAAUGUAUUACUCACUGGUGCGGUGUAGACUCUUGGGCUUGGAUAGCUUGGUGUUUGCAUGUUUCCACUCUCCUCUCCAUGUCCCUCUCAACACAUAUGGUGAUUUCUGGCACCAGAAUCGCAGUCAAGAAACCAAUGGAUGAGCUCACAGUGGCUUUGUUCUUUAUUUGACCUAUGGUUUUACCCAACUGUUCAGUUCCCAAGCGAUUUCGUUUCCAUUUCUGAACUUCUCUUGGUUCAUUUUAACGACUUCCUUUGGAUCAGACUAAAAACUCUCAAAAACUCAUUGACUAUACACCAACUAUCCAGAAAUAAAUCAUGGAAAAGCAAAGUUAGAGGCCACCUUCUUAAACUAUUGUAGAAGUCAAACUUAUGGGUAUAAUCUGUUUGUGUUGAGUAACUUUAUCUAUGUAUAUCAGGGUUGCCAUGAUUUCAGAUUGUCACCUCAUGAUUGUCAUGACCACAAAAUAUUCCAUAAAUGAAAUUACUGCAAUAUUUUUGAUACAUUUCAAAAUUAAACAACACAAUCAGUCAAACUGAGAAAAGGCAAGACAAGGCAGGAGAUGCACAUCACUUCAUAGAUCUUACUAAUAAACACAAUUUACUUAGAUGUCACCUAACCAUGUUCAAAUUUGUAAUUAUUCCCAUCACAAACCCUGUGGUUGGAGUAAAAAUUGAUUCAUAAAUGAUUGUUUGUCAUGCUGUUAUUUAUUUUCUGUUUUGCUUUUAAGUUGCUUUGUUACCCAUGUUGUAAAAUUAUGCUUUUAUUUUGAAGUAUGAGCUUCUUCCUGCAGAUCUGAAUAAAAAAAAGAAAAGAAAAGAAAGGAAUGGUUAAAAACUGUGAUUUUAUAAUCGGUUUGGAAUCCGAAAUGUUGUUUUUGGAUUCUCAGCAGGUAUUUGAAUGUGAGUUAUUAAAAGUGUCAAAUCAUCUUAAGGGCCGCGACAAAUGAGCUUCCUAGCUGCCGCUCAUCUUUUACCCAUUUUAUGACCUGAGGCAAACAACACAAAGAAUUGCCUCACAGUAUUGCUUAUUUUUAGCACAUGUAAUAUUUAUUUUUUUUAUUAAAAAGAUGGUUUAUUGUCAAUAUUGGUGUAUUGGGACAGCCCUGGACCCAAUUAAAUUAGAAAAUAAAUAAUAAUAGCAACAGAUCUAGGGACAUUCUGAAUAACUAAAAAAACAUUAAAAAAGAGCCUAAUUCAUUUUGCAAGUGUAAACUGGAUCAUCAAGUUCACACAAUAUUAAAUUGGUUUCCUGACUGUGGAUAACAUAGUAGUACCAGCACCAGCAGCCUUCAGUCAUCUGUGCAUGUGAACUGGUUACAGAUUGCCCCAGAUUGAGUAGCUUUAUGCCAGUUGAGCCAGAAACAGCCUACAAGUAAUCCUUUUCCCAUAGUCAAGAUCAAAAUACUGCUAAAAUGUGUCACAGUUCAAGAUGCCAUCUGUCAUGGCAUGCCAUGUGUCCUUGUUUAAAUCCGGGUAGUAGGCCUCUCUGGCAUUGCGGCAGCAGUUUUGAGUUUCUGUCUUAAAAAUGAAUUACUCAAAUUGCUCAGACUUGUUGAUAUGUUUAGGUGGCUCAUCAUUGUACACAUGAUCGCUUAAAGCCACUUCCACUUGUAAAAGAAAAGACAGAAGAACCAAAAUAACUAUGGUUGUUGAAUCUGUCAAACAAUCAAAGUAAUUGUUCAUGCAACAUUUGUCUCUGUACAAACAACCACACCUGGCCCCUCAGCUUCAGCUCCUGUUUCACUUGAACGAUCCAGACUCCUCUGUGUUCCUGCUGAAAUCCGAAACCUUUCUCAUAUAUUUAGAGACAAACAGUCACUGUCAGCUGAAAGUAUUGCCAGCCUUGACACCGGGGGUCUUCUGUCAUGGUGGUCGACAGGGAUAUGCGUGUUCUGGCCCUAUUUGAACGCAUGCGUUUAGUUGCCUGCGUUAUUUCAAUUUCAGUGUAAAUAUACAUGCAAAACUGAAACAGGGCAUUGUUUUCUCUUUUUUUCAUGCUUUAAAGUGAUCAAAGGCGGUAAACUUUUACCGGGACACUUGUGGUUUUUCCGCUGCCUUGAAGGAGUUAGCCUGGUAUUCCUUCUUAACAGCGUGCUUCCUGGUGGCCUGUUUUCACAAAACAUUGCGGAAAGAGUUGUACAUGAAUGUGAAAUUAAGUCAAGAUUCUUUGGUGUCUAGCUGCCAAUCAUCCAACCAACAAUAAUUGUUCCGAAGAAUUCUUUUGAUUAUUAUCACCAUCCUCAGAACCAAGAAAACACCCGGAAGGUUUUACUUCCUUGAAAAUGUGGAGUUCCUUUGUCUCUGGUUUAUUGCAAUCUGUAUCGCUAUUGUUUUCAUCUGAAUGAACUCCAAAUUUGCCCUGUGAUUGUUUACUAUUUUGGUUUUAAAAAUAAGGUGUAGUGUAAGAAAAAUGUUACCCAGUGGUCCUUCUCUUCUAAAGUGACUCUGUGUUUGUUUUGGCUUCUAUUUGCUCCUUUGAAUCCAACCUUUAUCCAGUUUCUUUGGUGUUUUAGGCCCGGGCCUUCUGCUAGAAAGAUUAUUUCCAGUUUUCUCUGCUACCACAGGCAGGUAGGAAAAAAACUAUUUUAGAAGAUUUUCAAGGCAGUGAGGAAGAAAGGUGAGAGGCGUGUUUAUAGGUGGACUGCGCUUCACUCAGGGGGAAAAGUGUGGUAAAUACUGCCCAUUAUCUCCCCCCUCCUCUUCGUCCUUUCCCUUUGCAUUCAAACACUUAAGGAGAGGAGGAGAGGAGACACUCCCAAACUGGCUGCCCAUUGGCGUAUAGGCAUUUGGGGGAGAUUUUAACAGUUGAAGAGGGAGGGGGAGAGCAAAAGUCACAGCCACUGAAAAGGUCUUUGAAUCAUUGGUCUGGGCCUGUCAACAGGUGGCAGAGGGAGAGGCUCGGUGACGCUCAGCUCUUCAGAGAAAAGAGAAAAAGAAAGAGAGGAGAGGAGGACAGACAUCAAGGAAACCCCCAAGGGUAAGGUCACUUUUUGCUGUACAGAAUCUGACCUUGAUUUGUAACUGUCUCAAUAUUUCUUUUAUUGUAUGAUGUACUUUACUAAUAAUUUGACAGUUUUGUUGAGAUUUAUUCAUUUCAGUGUACUUUUUGCAGCAGUCAGCUGUUUGGUGCAAACCAUUUAAAUUUAGACCCAGAGAAAUGAUUUUGAUACGAAGAAAAUAUGAAUAUGAAGAAAACACAUUCUUUUAAAGUUAUAUAUUUAAAGUUGCAAUUUCUGUUUAGCUAAAAAAAAAAAGCACAGUUGUUCAAGACCCAGAGAGUAUAAAAAAUGAUUUUGUCUCCUGUGGCACUCUUUUCCUGUGCCCUCUGAUAUUUGUCAUGCUCUAGUCUGCCUCAACUGUACUCUUUCCAGCUUUUCUUUCUUUUCAUUCAUCUGAAGUCCCCUAGUUUAGCUUGACACCUGGAAUUUAUAAAGUGUCCCAGCACUGCAGCUUAUGAUAAGUUUGGGUUCGCAUAGCAGAACUUCCAAAGCUGUGGAAUUGUUGGUCUGUGAUAAAUUUUGUAAAGUGGGACAGAAAAACCCACUGAAUCAAACCGUGAAGUAAGAUUGACAUGUCUCUCUGCACUCACAGUAACCCUUAAUAGGAUUUGGUUUUCUGUAAAGAAGAAUACACAUAUCGUUUAACCAAGUAUUAUAUUGAUAUAUUUGUAUUAGUGUUUAUUUUUAGGCUAACUUUUUAACCUGUAAAUAACCCUCUUAGGCCAAAUAUUGUGUUUUUAUUCUACAGCGGGAGAUAACAGAUAUGUAUGAAAGAUAAUGUGCUAAAAAAAACUCUCAUCUUUUUUUUUUUUAAUUAUCGUUUAUUGAUUAUUAAAAAUUAACAAUUUAACAAUUUAAAUCACCUACACCUCACAGAUCAUGUCAUGUCGGGAUCACUGCUUGUUAAAACUUCCAAAUAAUACCAUCCAGAAAUAUUACAAUUUUAUCUAACAUGGAGCAAGCUGGUUGGCAGAUUUAUAAAUGCUUAGACCAUUUUAUAUAAAUCAGUAGAGUUAUAUCCCCCUUUGGAGGAGCAAUGACAGGCUUAAGUUUCUGCAGAAAGGUAUUGCAGCAUUAUUUACAGCUUGUUUUCGGUUGAUACCCAUGCUGUAUCAAGGUUGAUCCCGUUGUCUAUCAGCAAAGCUACCAGCACUAAUUUUCUCCAUGAUAAAUAUUUAUAUUAACUAUGUGUUGGGGUGACAGAUAUUCUCACAGGGCUGUUGAUCCAGUUGAUUUACUUCUAAUGCUACUGUGCUGGCCCAGGGAAUACGCAGAAGCUCUCCAAAAUGAGCUACAGAUGUGGGCCCUCAGCCAUGCAAAAUGAUAGAGGGAGGAAAGUGAGAAAGAGAGAGACAAAGAGAGAGAAGGGAAAGAAAGAGAGAGAGGCAAAUGUUCAUAUGCCCCUGAGUGGGUGGCUUAUAAGUGUUCAGAUAACAUAGUGUGACUCCUUUCAUGGACUUCUCAUAACUCACUUCUUUCAUAUAAUUUUACUGAUUGAAAAUACCCCUGGGUACAUAAAAGCUACUCAAAACACAUUUUUGUUAUUUCAAAGACUUAUCUCUGUCUGGAACGUAGACUGGGUUAUUAAUGCUUGGCUCGUGUUAUUUUAUUUUAUUUUUUUGCUUGGUUAGCUUUCAAUAUGACAGCCAAACUGCAGGGGAAGCGUAGCUCUACAGUUCUUAUCGAGGUCUGCUUGUGGUCUGUAUGGCAGCAGGAGGCAGACAGAAUCAUGAAGAUAUGAGCUCGGCUCUCAGACGAUAAUUGCUUUCAGGCUUGUUUUAUUCAUUUUUGUGUGCCUGUUCUGUUUGCAAGCCACUGCAGAGGGGGGAAAGAGGAAGGGGAAAUGGUAUGUCCACAAGUUCAAAACCGCACAUAAAGGCACAACCUCUCUGCUCCCUUUUUUCAAACCCUCACUUCAUCGCAGUCUUAGACUGUCGAGGUUUGGUCCAAUGAGAUUCGUCUUGUGUCGAGGCCUGGCAGAGCAGUCAGCAUUUUGUCUCUUAAUGGUUCUCUAGAGAGGAUGAGGCGGACUGACCAAGUUUCCAUCAUUUUCCUAUCUCCUUGUAUACGUCUGCCUUUCCAAUACAAGGUACAACUGUUUGUGGUGGUCUCCCCUUCUUGUUCUCUGUUGACGUCAACCUCAUUUUACAGCAACCGCUGCUAAAAAGUAAACAGAGAAUUUUAAAAAGGCAGACACACAGACGUGUCCUUGCAAACCUCUUGUGAAAGACCUUGUCUGUGGAUCCAGACAGUAUUAUCUGUAGCUGAUUAAGCUGUUGUUGUUACUAGCAGGAAAAUGCCUCCUGAGGUAACAACAGCAAGCUUUGUAGGCUAUAAAUGAAAGUAUAAACACACAUACUGUACACACAUGCACUUUUUUCUUCCAUAUAAAAGAGUGUGCACACAUCACAGGUAGUCCACAAACAUUUCACAAGCCUAUUGACAUAGCUCUUCUUUGAAAGAGAGGGGUUAUUGUCAGGGAGGAAUUUUUAACUGUGUUUAAGGACAUGUUGGAUUUUACUUGAGAAGCUUUGAAAACCAGGUUGAAAUGCCAUCUGUAUGGGCCUUGUGCCGAGAGAGGACUGGACUGAAGGGUUCUGUUUUCCUGCUUUAUCCUGCUGUCUUGCUCAUGUUGAUUAAUUUCAGUCGGUGGUUUCAUAUUAUGAAUUUUCUGGACACAGAUGCAAAACCAGAGUUCAAUUUUUUUUUUUUGCUGUGUCCAGCAAAUGGGAGUCAAAAACUGAGUUAGUGUUUGGUGAAGAAUGUAAAACUGAUCAUCCACAUACACUAUUGGCAACUAUGAAAAAUCUAUCUAUCUAUCUAUCUAUCUAUCUAUCUAUCUAUCUAUCUAUCUAUCUAUCUAUCUAUCUAUCUAUCUAUCUAUCUAUCUAUCUAUCUAUCUAUCUAUCUAUCUAUCUAUCUAUCUAUCUAUCUAUCUAUCUAUCUAUCUAUCUAUCUAUCCAUCCAUCCAUCAUCUAGUCAUUCAUCCACCAAUCUCCAUCUAUCUAUCAACUACCUACUAAUCCUCUAUUCUUCUGGCAUCCAUCUAUUUGUCUAACCAUGUAUGAAUGCAUUCAUCCAUCUGACAUUCAACUAUUCAUCCAUCCAUCAGUCUAAUAUCCAUCCAUCCAUCCAUCCAUCCAUCCAUCCAUCCAUCCAUCCAUCUACCUACCAAUCCUACAUCCAUCCAUCCAUCCAUCCAUCCAUCCAUCCAUCCAUCCAUAUAUCAACAUCCAUCGCUUCAUUUUUACUCUUAUUCUCUCCUCAUUCAUCUUUAUCUUUCCAGCACAGUACAUUCCCUACUCCCUUCCUCCAUCCAUUCAUCUUUCUAGCAGUUGUUUUCAAAAGUAACUGCGCCACUUUGCUUUCUUUUCCUCAGUUCCUUUCCCCAUUAAUCCCCCCAUCUGUCUGUCUUUCUCACUCUCAAGUCUUUCCUUCUUAGCAGUGGGGAUAAGCCCUCUGCUAUGCUUGGAAGGUCACAGUGCUAUCUCCUCCAAGAGAAACAAGGAAAGGGUCUGAAAACGGCAGGCAUCAAAUAAAACCCUGACAGGCAGCUAUAAAGAUGCUUGUUAAGCAUCUUUGUGCGCCAGUGCCCACUGCUGUUCCACAUGGUUAUAGUCUAUGGCUGUGACUGAUGCAAACACACUCCCUUCACCAUUCUCUCUAUCAUCUAUUUAUCCUGUCUUUGACUCACUUGAACUUUCACUUUUUAGUUUUCUCCUUUGCUUUCAAGUCUGUUUCCACCUCCUAACCCUCACAUCUCUAUUACCUCUCUAGGCUUUCCCUCCAAAUUCUUGGCCAUUUAUUAAACAUUGACUCAAGUUUUAUGCCACCACACAGAACCUAAGAGGCAGUUUCAAUGUGAUGUCAUAGUUUGGGUUUCUUGCACAGGCACCAGUCUCCAACCUCAAGUCUUUGACCGGCAGCAAUCAAAAAGCCAGCUGAAAUAACCAAACAAGGUCAGCCAUAGUGGGUUUGGACAUGUUAGAAACUAGUCGCGGUAAUUACACGGCUAUUUGUUUCUGUUGUAAGGAACUGGAGAUUUUUGAAUUACCUUCUGUGCAAACCAUUACAGAAACCAAACCAAAGUUUAUUUUACAGAAAAUUGUGUCCAAAUGCAUAAGAGCACCAGCUUUUCUUCUCAACUAUUGAAAAAAUGUAAAUACCACUCACAGGUACGGUGUUCUCACUUACUGAGGAUCUCUUCUCUCGCUCACUGUCAAUCGGAUAAUUGGCUUAAGGACUGGCAGAUUUUGGGUCCACUUGUUGACAUUUCAAUGUUCAAGCCAAUUCACACUUGGCAUCAGGUGAGAUUUUAAGUAUCUGUUUCCCCUUCUUGCCUAUUUUUCCAUCUGCGCAAGUCUUUGUCGGUCAAAAAGUCAAUGUUUUUGUUUCCAGUUGUUAAGUUCCUCCUCCUUGAAGUUUCCCCUAAUUUUCACACGGGAGGACUUUAAUUAUAAUGACAUGUCAAAGAAUUCUGAAACACUUUCCUUCCCUUUUAAAGUGUUUCUGUCCGCUGUGGAGAUUUGGUCAUACAUGCCAGUUCAUUUGAUCGAUGUGCAGACUGCCAUUCAUUUUUAAGUUUUUAAGAAAGUGUAACCCCCAACACUUAAUAACUGUCCUCCUACACUCUCUCAGGUGUUGUGUUUCCAAAGACCACACACACUCAGCACGCAUCAGAGGUUCCCCAGGCCACAAUUCAAACUUGUACACCAAGAUGUUUAAUUUAGACCACUGUCCAAAAGACCAGUUGAAGGUUAAAACGGGCACACUAUUUUAAAAGCAUGUAAUUUUGCCUCCUGGGGAAGCCUCGGAAAGGUUUUAAGUUCACAUGACAUCAGUGUCAUUAAAAACAAUGACAUCAUCUCUGAGGACGGGUUUCUGUCCAUUCAGAAACUCUGUAACGCCUAACUGAGCACAAUUUAUGGUUAAGAGGAAACGAAUCUCUGGCAAAGUGAUGACUGCUCACUUUCUGCUGCCACAAUGUGGAAUAAGAGCCAGACACAAGCACAUACACUACAGUGACAUAAUGGUUUAAACUUCCACAGAUAAAAUAUACAGAGGCGUGCCCCACUGAAUGUAAUAUAACUUAUGCAUCAUCAGGACAGUGGGUCUGUCCUCGGUUCUCUAUAAAACGCCAACUGAGAAGUACAAAUAUGACUCGUUUUCAACCUGGAGACUAAGGUCCAAUCUGCCGUGACGACAAACAUCUACAGUUUCUGUCUGUCAGACAUGGUUUGAGCUAAAGAUGUAAUCCUAACAACUGUAUAAGCACAUACUAAAAAACAGAUGAAAUAGAUACAUUUCUUCUCCAUCGGAAAGAUUGACUCAUAUGUAAGAAUCUAGAAAAAGGGUUUUAUACAAUCAACAGUUGAAUGUAAGACAUGUUUUGACUGUCAAAGUGUUCAUAGCGUUCAAAAAUGAUUACACAGAUAAUUCUGCCUUUUAUAAAGUUAGUCUACAACAUGGUUACCCUUUUACUUUAUACAAUUGAAAAUAUCUUUGACAACAAAUGUAUUUUUCUUUUUACAAGUAGAAGCUGUCUCUUAAAAAAUAGCGGAAUAAAAAAAUUUAUAUAUAUAUAUUUUUUUUUUUUUUUUUUGUGGAGUCUAGUUUUGUGUAACAAUGUUCAUGGUAAAACAAACAAACAAAAAAACAGAAAUUAUUCAGUCACCCCAAAAUAUUAAGAGCUAAGCAUGUUGCUCAUUAUAUUAAAAACUAUUAGUACACAGAAAUGUAAGAAAGGCCAUUUUAUUUCACAAGAAGUUUUGUACCAUGACUUUUCAUCCCAAACAGCUGGGACUGCAGAUACCUUGGUUAACAUGAAACUGCGUAAAGCUAAGUUAAGCAAAUUAUCUCCAGCUUGAUAAUAUAAGCAGAGAUGAGUAAGCUUCUUCUUUACUUGUCUUUAAAAAAAAAAAAAAAAAAAAAGAUCUCAUGGUUCAGAAACUUAUUGAUCUUAUCUUGUCCUCUAGCCAUGACCACCCAACCUCUAUGGAGCGCCCUGUGCCUGCUGGCUGUAUUUUGCACCUUGUCAUCCCUCGGCUCUGCUGACAACCUGCCAGGAUCCCCAGCUCCGGAGCAGGGAGUCACCUUCAGCCAUGUCUAUAAAAUUGACAUCCCUGGUGGCUCUGCUUGUAAACUUGAGGCCAUGCCAAUCCAAGAUGGGACAGGUAACGAUAAAAAAUGAAAACUAUAUACAGAGAAAAAGCUAACUGAGAGUGGGACCGCACAAGGAAAACAGAUGAGCUGAAAUUUACUGUAUUUAUUGAGUGGGAUUGCAGAGCAUUCCCACUAUAUGUUAUUCAUAUCUUUAUUAUUAUUAUUGAGUGGGAUUGCAGAGCAUUCCCACUAUAUGUUAUUCAUAUCUUUAUUAUUGAGUGGGAUUGCGAAGCAUUCCCACUAUAUGUUAUUCAUAUCUUUAUUGAGUGGGAUUGCGAAGCAUUCCCACUAUAUGUUAUUCAUAUCUUUAUUAUUAUUAUUCAACACACUUCCACCGUUUUUUGGACCUCAACUACUUCCACAUACUUCAACGUAUUCAAACCAUUCAAACUUCAAAAGAUUCAUCUCAUUGAGGAGAUUCAGGGGUGUAUUCAGAAUUUUCCUAACAUUCAUACUUUCCGAGAUAUUCCGGGUUUUCCGACCGAUUUCUCCCAUUAGAAAUGCAUUACGGAAUGUUCAAAUUGGCCCUUUUCUCACAUUUUCUUCACACAACUUCAAAAGCCUUCAACUCCUCUAUACUUCCACGUAGAAACUUCAUUCAAAAACCAAAAUAUUCACAAAUUCUUCAGCAUUAUUCCACAUCUUCAACAUUUUUAAUCCCAUUUGUACUUUUCAAAAUAUUAAGAUUUGUUUAAAACUUUGUUAUAAUGGGAUUCAACCUCUUCUCAUUCAUUCAUACUUUCACCUAGAAACUUCAUUCAAACUUUAAAAUAUUCACACAUCUUCAGACAUUCACUCAUUCAUUCACCAUCUUCAUGGCAUUCAUACUUUUCUCACAGUGACAGUUCAAAAAUUCACAGGGUUUUCUGACCUGUUCAGGUUUUAACAUUAGUGUGUAUUGCACGGAAUGUUGGCAGCUAGAGUGGGUGACCUCACAGCUAGAGUGAGAGGGGCUGAAAAUUGAUCCUCAAAACUUUGUCUUUACAAAAGGAUUGUGGCAACUCACUUCGCUCUACACAGAUAAAAUUUGGUACAGUGAUGGCAAAACUCUGCUGUCACUCUUCAUCUAAAAAUCAAAGCCAUAGGACACACACAGUGGCCUGGGCAGACACCAACUGCCGCAGACAUCCCCCAGAUUUCUCCAGCUUUCUCCAUUGACUCCAAUGUAAACCUGAGAGGAGGAUUUUCAGAGGAAACACAAACUGGACAUGUUUUUAACUUGUCCUAGUGAAGGCAUUUUUGGCUCCACAAACACAGAAGUUGUAUCAACGUGUUCAGCCGGGCCUUGUGGUUGUCACAAGCUCCUGAUCAUGAAGAUAGCAGUUACAGAGGAUGAGAAAUAUGACGUUGUUUGGGCAUUACGUUCUCAGCCUCAAGCCUCCUUUCUCCUGCUGUUGUUAAGCAUCUAUCGUCACCAUGGCAACCAAUAAGAGCACCUGGAGACACACAGCUGGCUGGAAAGCUGCUUCUAAAAGCCAUAUGAGACACAUGAAGCCAGGCUCAGUACACAGAGUACUGGGGGUUACAUUUAAAACCUUAUGGGGUCUAAUCAGGAUUUUUAUUCAUUUACAUUGUCCCCAUUUUUCAAUCAUUCAUUGAAAAUGCAUUAUUUAGUUCUUCAAACUAAUUGAUUUCCUUCAAACUGAUUUAAACCGUUUUGAUUCUUCAAACCUCUUUUUCUUCCAGAUUUGUAACCUUUUUAUUUUCCAGUUUUAAAUAUUUUUACUCCUAAUACAUGAUUCAGUUCUUUCAAACAAAUUCCAACUCAUUUGAACUGAUUCAAACCUUACUGAUUCUUCAAGCCUUUCCCAUACUUCAGGGUUUUUAAUCAUUUUAAUUUUCACAUGUUGAAUUUUUAAAAUUAUUAUUCAUGCAUUAUUCAAUUCAUUCAACAGAGUUUAUUCAAACUGAUUCAAAUCUUCCUGAUACUUCAUACCUUUUGACCUUUCACUAAUUUUUAAAAUUCAGCCAUUCGCAAUAGCAGCUUAGCGAUAGCAAUUUCGACUGAAGCAAUCCCACUCGCAAUUUCUUCAGAAAUUGCAUUUUCUAGUUAUUAUUAUUAUUCUUCCACCGUUUUUUGACACGCUACUCCUUCCACAUACUUCAACGUAUUCAAACCAUUCAAACUUCAAAAGAUUCAUCUCAUUCAGGAGAUUCCGGCUUGUAUUCAAAUAUUUCCUAACAUUCAUACUUUCCGAGAUAUUCCAGGUUUUCCGACCGAUUUCUCCCAUUAGAAAUGCAUUACGGAAUGUUCAAAUUGGCUUCAAACUUCAAAAGCCUUCAACUCCUCUAUACUUCCACGUAGAAACUUCAUUCAAAAACCAAAAUAUUCACAAAUUUUUCAGCAUUAUUCCACAUCUUCAACAUUUUUAAUCCCAUUUGUACUUUUCAAAAUAUUAAGAUUAGUUUAAAACUUCGUUAUAAUGGGAUUCAAUGGGAAAAGGGCUUCAGACGUAGUCAACUUCAACCUCUUCUCAUUCAUUCAUACUUUCACCUAGAAACUUCAUUCAAACUUUAAAAUAUUCACACAUCUUCAGACAUUCACUCAUUCAUUCAUCAUCUUCAUGGCAUUCAUACUUUUCUCACAGUGACAGUUCAAAAAUUCACAGGAUUUUCUGACCGGUUCAGGUUUUAACAUUAGUGUGUAUUGCACGGAAUGUUGGCCGCUAGAGUGGGUGACCUCACAGCUAGAGUGAGACAGGCUGAAAAUUGAUCCUCAAAACUUUGUCUUUACAAAAGGAUUGUGGCAACUCACUUCGCUCUACACAGAUAAAAAUUGGUACAGUGAUGGCAAAACUCGCUGUCACUCUUCACCUAAAAAAUCAAAGCCAUAGGACACACACAGUGGCCUGGGCAGACACCAACUGCCACAGACAUCCCCCAGAUUUCUCCAGCUUUCUCCAUUGACUCCAAUGUAAACCUGAGAGGAGGAUUUUCAGAGGAAACACAAACUGGACAUGUUUUUAACUUGUCGUAGUGAAGGCAUUUUUGGCUCCACAGACACAGAACUUGUAUCAACAUGUUCAGCCGGGUCUUGUGGUUCUCACAAGCUCCUGAUCAUGAAGAUAGCAGUUACAGAGGAUGAGAAAUAUGUUGUUGUUUGGGCAUUACGUUCUCGGCCUCAAGCCUCCUUUCUCCUGCUGUUGUUAAGCAUCUAUCGUCACCAUGGCAACCAAAGGGAGCACCUGGAGACACACAGCUGGCUGGAAAGCUGCUUCUAACAGCCAUAUGAGACACAUGAAGCCAGGCUCAGUACACAGAGUACUGGGGGUGACAUUUAAAACCCUUCAAUAGAGUUAUUUGACGAAAUUUGUCAUCUAUCUCUUCGCACAAACCUUGAGCUACAGAAACCAUCCAGGGCUUAAUAAAUUCGGCUCAUUGAGGACAUUAUGGGGUCAAAUCAGGAUUUUUUUUCAUUUACAUUGUCCCCAUUUUUCAAUCAUUCAUUGAAAAUGCAUUAUUUAGUUCUUCAAACUAAUUUAUUUCCUUCAAACUGAUUUAAACUGUUUUGAUUCUUCAAACCUCUUUUUCUUCCAGAUUUGUAACCUUUUUAUUUUCCAGUUUUAAAUCAUUUUUUCCUUUAGUGCAUUUUUCGGUUCUUUCCAACAAAUUCCAACUCAUUUGAACUGAUUCAAACCUUAUUGAUUCUUCAAGCCUUUCCCAUGCUUCAGGGUUUUCAAUCAUUUUAAUUUUCAAACGUUGAAUUUUUAAAAUUAUUAUUCAUGCAUUAUUCAAUUUAUUCAAUUGAGUUUAUUCAAAUUGAUUAAAAUCUUCCUGAUACUUCAUACCUUUUGACUUUUCACAUAUUUUUAAAAAUCAGCAACAACUCAUUUGAACUUGAACUUGUACUUCUUUCUUAUGCUGUAAUGAUGUAUUUACCUUCAGCAUGGCAACCAAUUAGUGCACCUGGAGAAACAAAGCUGACUGGGAUGUGUCAUUCAUUCAUUCACUCUUUCAAAUAAGUAAAUUAAAACUCCAGAAUUUCAUUUUCUUUCUUUAUUGACAUUGAAUCAGAAAAAAAAUCUGGGGUAUAUGGCACCAUCAGCCUUUCGACCCUCCAAGCAUGUCAGGAAAAACUCCCCCAAAAAAGCUUUCUCAGGAUAAGAGGAAGAAACCUUUAGGUAGGCCAGGUCUUAGAGGGAUCCCCUACCAGGACGGCUGAGCAUGCAGUAUUUUAGAGUUCUAAGCUCAGCAGAGAUCACAUGGCUCCAGGGUCACAUGGUUGCUGGGUUUGGCUCUGUGGCUCAUGUCGAGCUGGUUCUGUGAUGAGUUGAGAGGAAAAGACAACAGUUUACACUGGUGUUACAGACGACAAACUGAAAUCCUACACAGCUGGUUGUAGUGUGGAAAAGUCAAAGAUUUUGAAGAUGAAACAUACUUGGUGAAGUUCAGAGCUGUUGCUCCCCAGGUCAGAACCCUUCUCUGCUGUAGACUCGGUGCUUGGUUCUAAGAAGCCACAGUCACAAGAUCUGCAGGACUUUUCUAGUUCUUCAGCUCAUGUCGACUUCUGUGAUGUACAGAGAGGAGAGAAGGUUGUCACAUCAGAUGAACACAAAGAAAUAAUAUGACUGCUGAAGACAAGUACAUACCCGUUAGAGGUCCAGCAUUGUGUGAGCAACAACUUGUCCAAUCCUGGAUCAGAAGUUCUCUCCGCUAAUUGGUCACACACGGAGAGGGUUUGGUUUCCUGUACAGCACUGGCAGACAAAACUUUACAUUUAUUAUCAAUACCUUUAAACUUUUCUAGCAAAUGUCACAAAACUCUUCGUGAUCAAUAAACUGUUCAGUCCACUCACAACAUGCUUGAGUCCUGUUCAAGAUCAGUGGUGGCACCUCUUCUCAGGAUAAUGUUGCAUACGCGGCAUGUCCAACUUCACCUCUCUCUGUAGCACUGAACAGGAGAGAGAAAAAACAGAUGAAAUCUUACAGAUUGAUUUGAAUACACCAGAAAACAGACAUUGUAACAACAUUUAAGUCAACUUACAAUGUGUAUGGGUCCUCCUCAAGUUCAAAGACACAGCUGUCUAGCUGCAGUACUCUGGAACUGUUGCUCAGGCGCUGCUCUGCCAGUGUGGGGCUGCCACUGUGACACUCUACCAGACAAAAAGAACUUCUUCAAAAUGCCAUGGAGCAGCAUUGAGAAAUUAUUGGCAGCCUUAGAUUAAAAGGAAUAAACUGUACUGUCACUCACCAUGCACAUGUUCAGGGAAUUUACAGGUAGAAUUGUUUCUUCUCACUGUGACACUUGCAGCUCCUACCCGUAAAUUUACACAGCUGUGAAAGACUUGGUGACGAACUUCUCAGCCCAGGAAGGUGUGAAUACAACCAAGUGUCAGACAGAGGGUUCACCAAUGGAUGUUCUUUUGAGAGAGGCUCAUCCUUAUCUCCUUUGGUAGACCACCAGAAACAAACACAAACAGUAAAAGGCAACAAACUCAGAGUGCAAAUGUCUUGAUAUCAAAAUCAUAGGCUGACCUGAUGCUCUCUUAGGAUGAAAUGUGUCUUCCCCUCUCCAAGGUAGGCCCUUGGGACACACUGAGCACAGAGCUGGAGUUCUAGUGUCAUCACCCCACAUCUUUGGUGUCUGGAGGGCACAGGUGCCUAAACCCAAACAAAUGAACCGAGAGAUUCAGACAAACAAAUCCAGUAAAACAACGUGUAUUUUCACAUUUAAAAUGGAGCAGUCCUGCAGCUAGUAUAUAUGAAAGCUCAAUAUUGUUCUUACCUUACGCCCACACCAAGUCGUUCAAGAGAAAUGAGGAGCAGUAAUGCAUCCUCAGACCUUCCUGCCACUACUCAAAGUAAAUGGCAGGACAUAAUGGGCAACUCUAAUACAGCGUAAAGUAACGACUUGCAGAAAUGUAUUUCUAUAUAAUUUGGUAUAGGAGGGGGUCGUCGGUCCAUCCCUCCCUCCCAGCCUUUUAAAAGCUAUAGCAGCCAGAGCAGGUGUUACAACCUGGCUGCUAAGGACGACCCCCUCAUCUUAAAAUAUAAUUUGUUUAUAAUAUUUCAUUAGUUCAUAAUAGUUUCAGUGGCAGUUUUUAUUUCUUUUAAAUUAGCUUGUUUUUAAUUUGUCUCACUGUAUAUUUUGAAAUGUAUUUCUAUAUAAUUUGGUAUAGGAGGGGGUCGUCGGUCCAUCCCUCCCUCCCAGCCUUUUAAAAGCUAUAGCAGCCAGAGCAGGUGUUACAACCUGGCUGCUAAGGACGACCCCCUCAUCUUAAAAUAUAAUUUGUUUAUAAUAUUUCAUUAGUUCAUAAUAGUUUCAGUGGCAGUUUUUAUUUCUUUUAAAUUAGCUUGUUUUUAAUUUGUCUCACUGUAUAUUUUAAAUUUUUUUUUAAAUGCUACUAAUAAUGUACUGACCUUUGCAUCAUUUUACUUCACUGUAUUUUUCAGAAAUGUAUUAAAGUUUUAUAUAUUGUCUUUAAUCUCACAUUGUACAGUGACUAGAAAGUAUUUGCAGGUAUGUUUUUCUUUGGUAUAGGAGGGCCGUCUGACCAUCCCUCCCUCCCAGCCUUUUAAAAGCUAGAGCAGCCAGAGCAGGUGUUACAGCCUGGCUGCUGAGGACGACCCCCCCAUCUUAAAAUAUACUAUGUUUACAACGUUUCGUUAGGUGAUCGAAUAGGAAACCAAUAAUUAAAACUCUUCUCUUAAAUCGCAACGUGUAAACCGACAGUUAUGGACACAAUAAUUUUUUUUUCCCCUUAACUUUGCACCAAGUUCUCAAUUUUAAACCAGCCAGUUCUUUUUAGGGUGUUUCUAAAGUGAGCACGCAGUAGACAGGGUGGUGGUAACUGUAGUAUGUCCGCAGCACGCCAGAAUGGAUACAGGACUGCGGGCAAGAGAUGAAAAUGGGGUCAAGCAGCGUGUUCUUCUCUGUGGUUGCAGCAGUUAUGAGUUGUUCAUAACCUUUGGACUGAAACAGUUCAAGAAUGGGCUUCCUUGCUCUGGACAGCAAAUCUUCAUUAAAAUCUCCACAGACUAAGAUGGGAUGAUGAUCCAUGACUUCCAGUGAAUCCAAGAGACUUCUGAGGUUGGAUAUGAAUGAGUGAACAUCGUAGUCAGGAGGCCUGUAGACGGCAGCAAUUAGAGCCCUGAAAGGAGCUUCAAGUUUGAUGACACUGAACUCAAUAUCAGUGGCAUUUUGAAUGAAAUGUCUCUCAAGGACUCUGAUGUGUUCUUUCACAUAGAUGGCAACUCCGCCACCGUUUUUAGUGGCCAUGGCAGGAUGGUUUGAAUAAGACACGUUUCUGUUACGUUUGAACAUGUUGUAGCCUUCAAGGUGGAGACUCUCAGCAACAAAGGAUCCUCGCAGAUGAGUUUCAGUGAGUCAGAGCACGUCUGCAAGAUGUAGUUCAUGGUGACUUUUGAUGUCGGUGAUAUGAGCUGGUAGUCCUUCUGUGUUGUGAUGAAUGACAGUGAGAGUGUCUGGCCUGCUCAAUGUUUCUGGGAUCUUGAGGAGAGGCAUGACAUGUUCAAGUGAAGCUUUAGACAUGUUUUCAAGAGCUACAGUGAUUUCAGGGUUGCAAUAGAUUUUCCUCUCAUCCAUGUCUAGAAUGUGGAGUCCACUCAGAGAGGUCACUCUGCUCAGAGCAACGUAGGCCAUGCCGGGUUCAAAGAUGUGUUUCAGUGAGACCACGGCCGAGGAAGUUGUCAUCCCUUGAACUUUGUGUAUUGUACACGCAAAAGCGAGCUUGAUGGGAAACUGUCUUCUGACAACUCCCGUCUGUUUAAGGUUCUCCUCGUCUCUGUCAAUGUACACGAUGUUUUCAUCCACAUCUGCUUCGCUGGCUGCUGCACUUUGACUGUUCAGUUUCAGUCCGAGUUUUUCAACAUGCGGAUUUCCUGCUUUAGUCACUACUUUUGCAAUGCGUGCAAAUGUUCCAUUGCAGAGACCUGACUGCACACUUAUAUUUCUGGUGAUCAUGACAUUAGCGCCGAUGGCCAAUUUUAUCGAGUCAGGCAACUCCUUUUUGUUUCCUUGGAAAGGUACACUUUGUCUCGUCAUUCUCCCGGUGGUUGGAUCUUUUUUGUAGUCAUCUGCAUCUAUUGUGGUGACGUCGGAGUGAAACAUAUCCAAGGUUUUUGAGUUGUGUUCCUCAACCUGUUUGUUUGUCGCAAAAACAUGCAGUACGUCUUUUGGACAUUGAGCCGGGUCAGCUAAGGCCUGUGAAAGCAGAACUCUGUCUUCAUGAGACAAAGACACUGUCUUUUCUUUGGCACGGAUUCGAUUCAGCGUCUCAGCAAAAGUGACAUCAUCUUUCUGACGUAUGAUUUCGGUCAGUGUGACCAUCUGAAAGUUGUCACGCCAGAGGUCGAUCUGAGUCGGGUCGAACACACACAGAGGUUUCGACUGUCUGACAGGUGGUAGCUGGUAGAAAUCUCCAACAGUGAGAACUGACAUUCCACCAAAAGGUCUCUGACUUCCUUUGAUUUGUUUCAGUCUCGCAUCCACGUAGGCAAAGAGCUGUUUGGAGACCAUGGAGACUUCAUCAAUAAUGAGUAUCUCUGCAUUUGAAAGCUCUGCCCUGACUUCAUCAAGUUUGUUACCAAGACCUUGGAAAGGAGGCUUGAGACUUCUGGGCAGCUUCAAGAGACAAUGCAAUGUUGUACCUGAAAUGUUGAAUGCUGCAGUACCAGUGAAUGCAGUCAAGAGAACAGUAGGUUUAGAGAUGUCUGCUUCCUCUGCAUUUCUUGGAAGUCUUCUGAGUAUUUUAGAUGCCUCUGCAUGGAUGCAUUUGAUUAGAUGAGACUUACCUGUUCCGGCACCACCAUUAAUGUACAAGAAGAACUGCUCUGGUUUUGAACCACAAACACAUUUCAAGCACCAUUCCCGAAUGGUGUGGAAAACUGAAGCUUGCGUUUGGUUCAAGUUCUGGUACAUCUCACGCAGCACCACAGGAUCAAUUUCAGGGGCUUCGAUCGUGACUGCAGAUUCUUGCCUCACGUCUGACCUCACAUUAUAGUCUGGAACAUUCUCCUGCACGUCCUCAUCAGCUUCUCUUUCAUUGAGUUCAUCUAUGCACUCGAGCCGUUCGAGCUCACUCUCAGGCGCCAGGUUGCCCCAUUCAUUUAGCAACAUUCCUCUUUCUUCAAACUCUUGAAUGGCACUGUCAAUGUCCUCACGGUGUUUCUCAUGUUUUUCUCUGUUGCGUUUCACAAUUGCCUUCACGCGCUCGGGAUGCUGUGAUCCAGGUAACCAAACAGCUGCAUGGUCAUGGACAGACUGGUAAGUUGGGAAGUGGUUAGAUUUCAGCUGGUUUUCUGAGCGGUAAGGCACGUACAGUUUAAGCAAUGUGCCAUAAUACAGCUCUGGAUCUUUCUCAAGGGAAAUGGGUCGAUAUUUGAUGACAGCAUGUUUUUCAUCAUUUGCUCUCUUCUGGACAAACCCCAUCUCAUUCAGCAGGCGAUGAGUGUUUUUGCCUUUUGUCUGCUUGCCAUAGACUAUUCUGCAGCUCGAUGCAAAAUCCGCCAAGCACAUUGCCUCAAAGUCUGGUGUUUCUGGUCUGCAUACAUACUUAUCAGGUAACCCUGUCAUCCACACAUGUUCCGAUUCUGAAGGUUUGUUGUCCAGGUGUGACAAGGGGUAACUCAUUUUCAGUGCGUUGUCAUCCGUCUGCACAAACACCACGCUGCGUGAACACUGCUUCAUGUGUAGACCGCAUGCACGAGCCACACACUCCUGAGCGCUUACCUCUCUUUUUUUGGAGUAGGCCUGCAUUAUUUGUUUCAUUUCAUCGCUUUCGUUGACAUCUUCCUGACGUGAGUUUUGUAUCACCGUUUUGAGAUAUUCACUCAGACCAUGUUCCGCCUUGCUGAUGUAGCUGCACAUGUACAUGAUACAGGAGUAUGGGUUGAGAAUGAAUUGGAUAUCCAUGUUGGCAUUCCAGGCUUUCAGAAGGUAGGGAUUGUAGCCAUUUACCCAAACAUCUUUGGGACCACGCUUCAGCAUCACUUGACUGCCGUUGGUUUUGCUCUGCAAACACCUGUGGUAUUCUUCUUUGGUGAACUCACAUUUUGUCAAAAGCUGUUCAAAGCUGAGCGAUGCAGUAGUAGGUUCAUGAAGAAGCCUGUUCAGUGUUGCUAGCUUUUCUGUCAAUGCCAGGUCUGUUGCUUCAUCCACAAUUGCCCCCGGUCUGAUUAUUGUGGUUUCUGGGACAGGUUGUUUGGGAAAUCCGAAACGACAGUUUGCACCACUGUAUUUCACACAUGUCUUGGAGUGAUUUUUGCUGUGCAUCUGAACUUCUGUGACUAUUUUGUACAGUUCUGGGUCCUUGUUUUCAUCGGGCAGCUCAGCUUUGAUGAAUCUGGCCACAAACUUACACACCUCCUCAUCAGAGCAUUCUUCAAACACAGGUGCGCCUGCCACCCAUACCAUACCGUGAAUGUGUGGGCUUCCUCUGUGCUGAAACUCGAGCCGGUAAAAGUAGUCGACGACUUUGCCGAUAGGUUGUGCGGGGGACAGGAUCAGAUCUCUGAACAGUGCCUCGACACGUUUGUCAAACAUGCGCAUUGUGGUGACAGGAUUACUUCGCAAAAUCUCACACUUGGAGGACCAAUCCAGCUCUUCAAAAUUCACGUGUUCACCUUGCUGGGCUUUAAUUGCUGUGGUAACCCAUUUCCAACGCAUUUCUGCAGCACUGAAAGUUAGGAAGAAUUGUGGCGAGCCUAAAGCCCGAAUCAUCGCAAACAAGUCUUUGGUUGUUUUCUGCCAAUACGCCGGGGUGCCUCUCAGCGGUGUCAUGAAUCUUAUUGCAUCUUUGUUCCGCACUAGCCUUUCGACUUCUCGUUUGUUUUGCAACAUGGCACUUGUGAUUUUGCGGCCAUCUCGAGUAAGCGGUUUGCCUUUGCGCAGUUGUAUUCUCAUGCUGGAAGUGGCCAUAUGUAUUUCUGUCACAAAUUGAGCAAAAAACAAGUAGUUAGUAUCUUUAGCGAAACGGCCAUCGACACAGCAAAGCCUCGUUUUGAAGUAACUGCAGGGUGUUAAUUUCAGUGGCCUGUUAUCAUCCAGUGUAUUUUCACCAGUGGGAAACUGAACUGGGAAAGCCAUCGCCUCAAGUUUAGGUGUUCUGAAAAAGCUUGACGGUUUUUUUCCUUCAGCGGGGGCAACAGAGUAUAUUCCCUCACUAAAACUCAAAAUCUCCUCUGACACAUCACUUGGCUGCAGACAUGAUUCAAGGACAACACCACCGUUUGGUUCAUCACCCUCCAAGUUAUCAGACUGUUUCUCUGGCUCACAGCCAUUAUUACCUGACUGAUUUUCCAUAUGUUGUUCGUCGUUUUCGGGAAUGCUUUCUGCCUCACAGAGUGCAUUUUUCUCAAUACGGUCAAUCUCCAUCAAAUCUUCCUCAUCGUAAUCAUCAUCAUCCAUUCCGUCAUCCUCAUCACUGUCGCUGUCUUCAUUAUCAGGGAGAGUAGGGUCACAUGACUCAGCUUCAUCUCUGAUUGUUAUGUCUUUAUACUGGGGAUGGAUUUCUUUCAGUUUGAGCAGAGCUCUCACCAGCUUUGGCCAGGUCACAGUUUGGAACAGCUGAUGACCUUUGUAGCACAGUCGUCUCUUCAGCUUCACUCUCAUGACCUGAGAUUCACUCCUUAGUCUGGGCAAAGCAUUUACAGUUUCCUGUACUUCAGAUGGAACACACACAACAUUUCCACGGAUAGCUCUUUGUUGACCUUUGGGCAGUGGAAUAAUUUUAGCAAACGGUAUGCUUUUAGCUACGAGAUGACGUUCCAAAAUGUUCAAAUCACACAGUUCAUCUGGAAUAUCAGCAAGCUGUAAAUUAUUAGCCGUUGCGAGGGGAGGCAUCCCACCAACCUUAAGGUGAUCAUGGCAUGUGUAACAAAUCCACUCUCUCUUUCGCUCCUCUGGUACGGGGCACUGUUGUAAAUUUUCGCAUUCAUCACUGCAGACAUGAACAUAUGCACCAGUGAGACAAGCUGCAACAACACGUGGCUCUUUGUCAUAUUUUGACCGAUUGCAGGGUCGCACUUGAUUCGGAAACAGUGCUCUGUGACAAACUGUGCAGACAUAAGUGGGUCCAUCUUUUACAUGUGAUCUGAAAAUCUCUAUGGCUUCUUUAAUCUGACUGUCAUCCAUGUCGAUUUGCUUUCUGUUUAAAUGUCUGUAUUUUUGUCUAAUCUUAAUUGCACAACGCAUGCUGUUGGUCAGUCUGGUUACAAGGUUGUUUCUGUAUUUGUCUCUCAUUAGCUGUCUCAUAGUUUGUUUGUGCCUCAUUCUGAAUGCAGGAUCAUUUGCGUAACGCUUUAUGAUAAACUGCCUUUGUUUGGUUCUGAAUGCAAAGUCCUGGCAAUAGCGGUGUGUUAUGUACAACAUUUGUCUCUGUUUAAACUCUGCAUCAUCUGCGUAUCGGCGGUUGAUGUAAGACCUUUGUUUCCCUUUAAACUCUGCAUCAUCUGCGUAUCGGCGGUUGAUGUAAGACCUUUGUUUCUGUUUAAACUCUGUGUCAUUUUUGUAGCGACGUUUGAUGUAGGACUUCUUCCUCUGUUUGACCUCUGGAUCCUGCCUGUACCGAUUAGCCAUAUAAGACUUUUUACGUUGCUGGUAUGAUCUGUCCUUGGCAUAUCGUUCUCGCUGUUUUUCAUUUUUGUCGAUUGCAACUUUUGUCUUCCCCUUUUGAGCUCUUCUUUUCAACUUCCUCCUUUCCUGUUUAUUACGUUUUGACUCUCUUGGCAGAGUGUGACUGUUAAAUUGUAUUUUAAUCUCAGAUUUCGCCUGGGGUAGACUGGACAUGUGAGGUUCUUGCUGCCUCGCUAUGGGAACAUCAUCUGCAUUCGACUCCAUAUGUGGCAAAUUUCCUUCCACUGAGGGCUCAUCCACAGUCUCAAAGAGCACAGGUGUCAGCUCAAAAUAAGAAUUUGGACCGGAGCCAACUGCACGGAAUAACGUCACAAGCUUUGUGAUCAGAUCAUUUAAAUAUGUGAAAAUAAAGACGACAGCUGUGCCACAACCAAAGCCAGCAGGAAAGCCAUCAGGCUGUCGAGAGUGUGGGUCAAAAUAGCCAUACUGCCCGCGUUGGUCUCGGAAAACAGCAAUGUACAUUGAACUCAUUAUCAACAAUGCGUAGUUCACCUCUGCGGACAAGCACUGAAGUACAUCUGCAAGGUUGUUGUUUAGCAAGGUAGGAGCUGUAAAGACGCCACUGACUGACUGACACUUUGUCAUUAUGUGCUGUUGUCUGUCACCAACAAUGAUUGGUGGAAGUUCAUCUAUAUUUAAGAAUCUAUCAACUUUUUGACCAUCAACAUCCAACUGACCGAGAGUUAGAGCAUACAUUGCAUGGCCUCUGUCCAAAACGAGAUCAAGAUCAGCAGUGUGGAGUUGUCCUAACUCAUGCAGAAAGGCCAGGAAAGUAGCACAGUUGCAGGAGCAUUGACUGUUCUUUGAAUCAGCGUAUGUAUCAUGCCCCUGACUGCGGGAAGCCAACACACGUGUGACAUUAGCAUUAGAAAAAUCAGGGGUAUUUACCUGUCCGCUGUUGUAAGGAUGAGGACUCACCACCCGUUGAUCAGGUACUCGGGACUCAGGAAAUUUCUGCCAGUGUAGCUUUUUGGCUUGGGAUCUCUUUCCUUUGCGUGGCAUUGUUCCUGGAAACAAUCAGUCGUAGUCUGUUGGUAGUAGUAGUGGUAGCAGUAGUUGUAGUUGUAGUUGUAGUAGUAGUAGUAGUAGUAGUAGUGGUAGUGGUAGUUGUGGUGGCAGCAGAUACUUGGGAGUAACAACCAAUUGAGUUUUUCAAAUGCUGUCUGUCUGUAUCUACCAAUUAAGUUUUCUUGAAAAAUGCCUCAGUGUAUCAACAAAGUCAGUUUUAUCAAAGACACUUGGGAGUAUCAACCAAUUUAGCUUUUUAAAAGCUACUUAGAAAUAUCAACCAAGUAAGCUUUGACAAAGAUAAUUGGGAGAACAAACCCAGAGAUUUCUUUCAAAGGUGCUUGGGAGUAUCAACCAAGUGUGUGUGAGUGGUGCCUGGGAAUAUCAACCAGACGUGUUCAAGGGGUGCCUGGGAGUAUCAACCAGACGUGUUCAAGGGGUGCCUGGGAGUAUCAACCAGACGUGUUCAAGGGGUGCUUGGGAGUAUCAACCAAGCGUCUGUAAUAGGUUGGGAGUAUCAACCAACCUGAGAGAUGAAACUUAGGGAGAGAGAAAGAAGGCAGAGACAACAGACAGAGCAGGACGGAUGAUAGAGGGGUUGGGGGUUAGGGGAGGGACAAACAGGACGAUCCACUGGAACCUGGAAACUGGUACUCUUCUGCAGACCAAGGACCACAAAAAAGAAAAAUCAUCGUUACCUUUUGCAGAAUUAUACCAUACGAGAUUUACAAUAAUUACUACAUUUAGCUGUGUUCAUCUAUGUGACUAGGUUGACAUUUUUUAAGCCUAAACUCAAGCUCAUAUGCUAUUAAACAUGAUGGGCUAGUAACUGCUCUCUGCAUCUCUUAUUUCAAGGUAAAGACUGCGCGGUGCUCAGUUUACUACAUAUUACAAAUCAGGUUAAUAUGCUAUGAUAUUGUACAAGUUUGACAAAGCAGCUGGUUCUCUCUCAAAAGUAAAUCCGCUUGGUUUCAGAAUUGCUGUGCAUGCUAGGGGACCUUAUGUGCCCUUGGGCUGGAAGCGCUCACACACAGAGUUAAUUUUUAUACCCAAAUGAUCAACUUAAAAAGUCAACGAUUUUUUCAUCCAUACUCAGAGUGCUCAACUCUUCUGUCAAUUUCACUUUAGAUUUUAAUAUCAGGUACUCACCAAACAUGCGCUGGAACCUCUCUCCGUCUAAAAGAGAAGACAGCAUGUUAGUGUCCUCUUCUCUGUCUCUCUCUAAAAGGCUGGAAAAAUUUUGUGUGCUCUAAGCUGUACAAUGUAUUAUGCAUUUCACCUGCACAGUUCACACCACAAACAAGAACUCUCACUUUAUUAAUAAUUUGAACAAAUCAGAUCACACAGCAUCCAUUCUGGUUUGAAGCUGACACAGGUGUUACAGUUUUAUUAAUUAAGACCCUGUACCUUUGACACAUUAUUACCUACAGGUGGUUUUAAUGAUCAUUUCAUGUCAAAAAGGCUGCUCAUAAAAUGGUCUAUACAGCCAAGAGCUGACUAAUGUCAGAUAUUGACAUUUCACUCUCUUAAAAAGCUCACUUGCCUAAGUCAGCACUAUUGCUGACUAAACAGCUAAAGUGACUAACCAACCAGUAAGGUAGACAUUAACAUUAGAGCAAAGGAGGCAACUGCGCUUGCUAAGGAUGUUCGUGUUAUGGAAAUCUGAGAAUUUGCUCAGAGCUGACAGUUAAUUGUUCAUACAACCAUGAAAAUAUAUUAACGGUUAGAGUCACGGAGCAUGGACUCUAAUUAGCCAGCAGUUAGCUGACUGUUGGUUGAUGUUAAGACCGUGACAGUUUAAUUUUUUCCCUUUUAUUAUAACAAUAUCACAAUUAUGCCACAGCAUCACAGAGAGAGAGAGAAUAAAACGGCAGGUUUUAAUAUUUAGGGGAGAAGAGACUGCGACUUUCUCUGUUAAUCGUCGUCGACCGUUAUCAGUUGCGGUGGCUGUAAGUUUCAUUACAGUUAGCUUUGGCGAAACAGGUGUAAUUAAUCUCACACGGACUUUGCUACGGCUUUCUGUAAUGUGAAAACUAAAUGAGACUUAUCACAUUAGUUUCCGGGAGUUUGAACACUAACUCGGUGUGCUAAACCGGCGAAUUAAACAUUAUUUGGGGAGAAGUGAAAGAGAUGCAGCCGCUUACCUCAAAGUCAGGAGUCAGAAGUAAUUAAAUAGCGUCACGUCCACCGUUGGUAGUCGAGGUGCAUUCAGGGACAGUCGGAAUUUCAACAGAGAGAGGUUUUUAUGUUUCUGUGUGUGUGUGUGUGUGUGUGUGUGUGUGUGUGUGUGUGUGUGUGUGUGUGUGUGUGUGUGUGUGUGUGUGUGUGAAAACGGUAAGGAGCAAAUAUUAUGCAAAUAUACGAUGGAUGAUUCCUACAAGACGAUUUGAGAAUUAAAAUUUCCCACCGUCAUGUAAUGCACAGACACGUCGGUUGAAUCCUGCGGAGGAUUUUCAGACUACACACAAACUUGGCAUGUAACUUGUCCUAGUGAUAACAAUGAAGACAUUUUUGGCUCCACAAACACAGAAAUUGUAUCAACUUGUUCAGCCGGGACUUGUGGACAUUAUGGGGUCUAAUCAGGAUUUUUAUUAAUUUGAAUUUUCCCAAUUUUUCAAUCACUCAUUGAGUAUGCAUUGUUUUAUUCUUUAAACUCAUUGAAACUCAUUCAAACGGAUUCAAACCUUUCUGAAUCUUCAAAGCACUCAUACUUCCAGAUUAUGAUCAUUUUAAUUUUACCUGUUUUAAUCAUUUACACUAUUCAUGCAUUAUCAAAUUCUUGAAACUAAUUCCAACUCAUUUUAACUGAUUCAAACCUUCCUUAAUUUUCAUACCUGUCAUACUUCCGGAUUUUAAAUCAUUUUAAUUUUCCCGUUUUAAAUCAUUUUCAUUAUUGCUUCAUUAUUAAAUUUUUUCAAACGAAUUUCAGCUCAUUUAAACUGAUUCAAACCUUUCUGAUCCUUCAAGCCUUUCCCAUACUUCAGGGUUUUUGAACAUUUUUAUUUUCACAUUUUUUAAAAAAAUUGUUAUUCAUGCAUUAUUCAAUUCAUUCAAUGAGUUUAUUCAAGUUGAUUCAAAUCUUCCUGAUAAUUCAAACCUUCUUAUCUUUCACAUAUUUUCAAAAUUCAGCGAUUCGCAAUAGCAGCUUAGCGAUAGCGAUUUCAACUGAAGCAAUCCCACUCGCAAUUUCUUCAGAAAUUGCAUUUUCUAGUUAUUAUUAUUAUUAUUAUUAUUAUUAUUCCGCCGUUUUUUGGCAGUCAACUACUUCCACAUACUUCAACGUAUUCAAACCAUUCAAACUUCAAAAGAUUCGUCUCAUUCCGGAGAUUCCGGCUUGUAUUCAAAAAUUUCCUAACAUUCAUACUUUCCGAGAUAUUCCAGGUUUUCCGACCGAUUUCUCCCAUUAGAAACGCAUUACGGAAUGUUCAAAUUGGCUUCAAACUUCAAAAGCCUUCAACUCCUCUAUACUUCCACGUAGAAACUUCAUUCAAAAACCAAAAUAUUCACAAAUUCGUCAGCAUUAUUCCACAUCUUCAACAUUUUUAAUCCCAUUUGUACUUUUCAAAAUAUUAAGAUUUGUUUAAAACUUCGUUAUAAUGGGAGUCAAUGGGAAAAGGGCUUCAGACGUAGUCAACUUCAACCUCUUCUCAUUCAUUCAUACUUUCACCUAGAAACUUCAUUCAAACUUUAAAAUAUUCACACAUCUUCAGACAUUCACUCAUUCAUUCACCAUCUUCAUGGCAUUCAUACUUUUCUCACAGUGACAGUUCAAAAAGUCCAAAGAUUUUCUGACCGGUUCAGGUUUUAACAUUAGUGUGUAUUGCACGGAAUGUUGGCAGCUAGAGUGGGUGACCUCACAGCUAGAGUGAGACAGGCUGAAAAUUGAUCCUCAAAACUUUGUCUUUACAAAAGGAUUGUGGCAACUCACUUCGCUCUACACAGAUAAAAAUUGGUACAGUGAUGGCAAAACUCGCUGUCACUCUUCAUCUAAAAAAUCAAAGCCAUAGGACACACACAGUGGCCUGGGCAGACACCAACUGCCGCAGACAUCCCCCAGAUUUCUCCAGCUUUCUCCAUUGACUCCAAUGUAAACCUGAGAGGAGGAUUUUCAGAGGAAACACAAACUGGACAUGUUUUUAACUUGUCGUAGUGAAGGCAUUUUUGGCUCCACAGACACAGAAGUUGUAUCAACGUGUUCAGCCGGGUCUUGUGGUUCUCACAAGCUCAUUAUCAUGAAGAUAGCAGUUACAGAGGAUGAGAAAUAUGACGUUGUUUGGGCAUUACGUUCUCAGCCUCAAGCCUCCUUUCUCCUGCUGUUGUUAAGCAUCUAUCGUCACCAUGGCAACCAAAGGGAGCACCUGGAGACACACAGCUGGCUGGAAAGCUGCUUCUAACAGCCAUAUGAGACACAUGAAGCCAGGCUCAGUACACAGAGUACUGGGGGUUACAUUUAAAACCCUUCAAUAGAGUUAUUUGACGAACUUUGUCAUCUAUCUCUUCGCACAAACCUUGAGCUACAGAAACCAUCCAGGGCUUAAUAAAUUCAGCUCAUUGAGGACAUUAUGGGGUCAAAUCAGGAUUUUUUUCAUUUACAUUGUCCCAAUUUUUCAAUCAUUCAUUGAAAAUAAAUUAUUUAGUUCUUCAAACUAAUUUAUUUCCUUCAAACUGAUUUAAACCGUUUUGAUUCUUCAAACCUCUUUUUCUUCCAGAUUUGUAACCUUUUAAUUCUCCAGUUUUAAAUAUUUUUUACUCUUAAUACAUUAUUCAGUUCUUUCAAACAAAUUCCAACUCAUUUAAACUGAUUCAAAACUUAUUGGUUCUUCAAGCCUUUCCCAUACUUCAGGGUUUUUAAUCAUUUUAAUUUUCAGAUGUUGAAUUUUCUAAAACUGUUAUUCAUGCAUUAUUCAAUUCAUUCAAUUGAGUUUAUUCCAAUUGAUUCAAAUCUUCCUGAUUCUUCAUACCUUUUGACCUUUCACAUAUUUUAAAAUUCAGCCAUUCGCAAUAGCAGCGUAGCGCUAGCAAUUUCAACUGAAGCAAUCCCACUCGCAAUUUCUUCAGAAAUUGCAUUUUCUAGUUAUUAUUAUUAUUAUUAUUCCGCCGUUUUUUGGCAGUCUUCCACUUCCAUACUUCAACGUAUUCAAACCAUUCAAACUUCAAAAGAUUCAUCUCAUUGAGGAGAUUCCGGCUUGUAUUCAAAAAUUUCCUAACAUUCAUACUUUCCGAGAUAUUCCAGGUUUUCCGACCGAUUUCUCCCAUUAGAAAUGCAUUACGGAAUGUUCAAAUUGGCUUCAAACUUCAAAAGCCUUCAACUCCUCUAUACUUCCACGUAGAAACUUCAUUCAAAAACCAAAAUAUUCACAAAUUCGUCAGCAUUAUUCCACAUCUUCAACAUUUUUAAUCCCAUUUGUACUUUUCAAAAUAUUAAGAUUUGUUUAAAACUUCGUUAUAAUGGGAUUCAAUGGGAAAAGGGCUUCAGACGUAGUCAACUUCAACCUCUUCUCAUUCAUUCAUACUUUCACCUAGAAACUUCAUUCAAACUUUAAAAUAUUCACACAUCUUCAGACAUUCACUCAUUCAUUCACCAUCUUCAUGGCAUUCAUACUUUUCUCACAGUGACAGUUCAAAAAGUCCAAAGAUUUUCUAACCUGUUCAGGUUUUAACAUUAGUGUGUAUUGCACGGAAUGUUGGCAGCUAGAGUGGGUGACCUCACAGCUAGAGUGAGACAGGCUGAAAAUCGAUCCUCAAAACUUUGUCUUUACAAAAGGAUUGUGGCAACUCACUUCGCUCUACACAGAUAAAAUUUGGUACAGUGAUGGCAAAACUCGCUGUCACUCUUCAUCUAAAAAAUCAAGGCCAUAGGACACACACAGUGGCCUGGGCAGACACCAACUGCCGCAGACAUCCCCCAGAUUUCUCCAGCUUUCUCCAUUGACUCCAAUGUAAACCUGAGAGGAGGAUUUUCAGAGGAAACACAAACUGGACAUGUUUUUAACUUGUCGUAGCGAAGGCAUUUUUGGCUCCACAAACGAACAAGUUGUAUCAACGUGUUCAGCCGGGCCUUGUGGUUCUCACAAGCUCAUUAUCAUGAAGAUAGCAGUUACAGAGGAUGAGAAAUAUGACGUUGUUUGGGCAUUACGUUCUCAGCCUCAAGCCUCCUUUCUCCUGCUGUUGUUAAGCAUCUAUCGUCACCAUGGCAACCAAAGGGAGCACCUGGAGACACACAGCUGGCUGGAAAGCUGCUUCUAACAGCCAUAUGAGACACAUGAAGCCAGGCUCAGUACACAGAGUACUGGGGGUGACAUUUAAAACCCUUCAAUAGCGUUAUUUGACGAAAUUUGUCAUCUAUCUCUUCGCACAAACCUUGAGCUACAGAAACCAUCCAGGGCUUAAUAAAUUCAGCUCAUUGAGGACAUAAUGGGGUCUAAUAAGGAUUUUUAUUCAUUUACAUUGUCCCCAUUUUUCAAUCAUUCAUUGAAAAUGCAUUAUUUAGUUCUUCAAACUAAUUUAUUUCCUUCAAACUGAUUUAAACUGUUUUGAUUCUUCAAACCUCUUUUUCUUCUAGAUUUGUAACCUUUUAAUUUUCCAGUUUUAAAUCAUUUUUUACUCUUACUGCAUUAUUCAGUUCUUUCAAACAAAUUACAGCUCAUUUAAACUGAUUCAAACCUUAUUGAUUCUUCAAGCCUUUCCCAAACUUAAGGGUUUUUAAUCAUUUUAAUUUUCAAACGUGGAAUUUUUAAAAUUAUUAUUCAUGCAUUAUUCAAUUCAUUCAAUUGAGUUUAUUCCAAUUGAUUCAAAUCUUCCUGAUACUUCAUACCUUUUGACCUUUCACAUAUUUUAAAAUUCAGCCACUCGCAAUAGCAGCGUAGCGCUAGCAAUUUCAACUGAAGCAAUCCCACUCGCAAUUUCUUCAGAAAUUGCAUUUUCUAGUUAUGAAGUAUACCUCUAUUUUUGGCACCAAAGUUAUUAAAAAGCAUGUUUGCCCAUAUUAAAUAUUAGCUGCCAGUAUUACCCACUGAAACCGUUAUUGUCUUUUGUUGAAACUGCAUGACAAUGCACCAUCAUGUAUGAUUACUGUUUCAAUUAACAGCACAUAAAGUAUAAAGGCAUUGAAACCAUUCAUGUGUUUUGUAGGUCUGCAGACAGAGGCCAUGAAGAAUGGAGAAAAUGACAUCGUCUUCAAACACAACAUCAAGCUGCAGUCACCAAAGUGUGACUGUGAAGAUUCAGAGAGCUUCAAGUCUCUCUUGUACAGAGUGAACGGGCUGGAGGAAGAAGUCAACUACCUGAAGACUCAGUGUAGUCAGGGAUGUUGCGGGAGUGGUGGUGCUGGAGGUAAGAAUGUAACAGCUUAUGCACUUAAACUAGGGAGGUAAGCUCUUGACCAGCUAAUUUUUCAUUUUUAUAUCUCAAGGAGUUGACACAAGCUGUAAUGGCCGGGGUACCUACCAACACGACUCCUGUAGCUGCCUCUGUGACCCCGGAUGGGAAGGCCCAGAUUGCUCAGACUCCACCUGCCCUGAUGACUGCAACGACAAUGGUCGAUGUGUGGACGGGAAAUGUGUGUGCCAUGAGGGCUUCACAGGAGAUGACUGCAAUCAGUUGUCGUGUCCAGAUGACUGCAAUGACAAAGGACGAUGUGUGGAUGGGAAGUGUGUGUGUUUCUCACACUUUACUGGCGACGACUGCAGCGUCCAGAAGUGUCCCAAUGAUUGCAUCGGUAACGGGCAGUGUGUGGACGGCCAGUGCAUCUGUGAUGAAGGCUUUUAUGGGGAAGAUUGUUCAUUAGGUAAGGUGCUUCAGUUUAUAUAAACCCUACUUAAAGGUACCCUACUUUUCUUGUGUUGAAUGAAUACUAACUCAAGAAACAGGUGAACAUUUUGCUAGCUAGUCAGUAAAGUAGUGAAAGCAAUAGGCUACUAGCUUACUUUGACGAUGCUAGCAAAAGGGAUGACAGCUCUAAUGUUGGUCAUAAUCAUACAUCUCUGGUAUUCAAGGUUUCUACAGUCAGGGUCUCACUUGAUUUCAGCUACUUGAUUUAGGAUUUAAAAAAGUAAUAAAAACAGUUUGCUCGUUGCCAGUUUCACUUAGUUAGCUUGUUAGCUUUAAGGUUGAUAAACUUGCUUAUUUAUUAACAUUCAUGCCUGCAUUUUAAGUGUGUGUUGUCAACGAGCAUAACACUUUCAAAAUCCCCUACAGUGGAUUGCUGAUUAAUACUGGUGCAAAUUUACAUGUCAAAUUCUCCAAACUUCAAUGUAUUAUAAUUGUGCAGAUUCACAUUGCCCUGAUGUGUGUGUGUGUGUGUGUUCAUCCUCUUUUCGCAGCAAUAGACCGUAUUCCCAUGGCAACCAAUUUCUUCUAAUGUAACUCUACAUCUGUUUUUCAGGUCGAGCGUCAAAUUAACUUUAAUAAUCCAUCAAAAUGUGAUCGUUUGGCUGUAGAUAAUGUCUAUUUUUAUAUCAGUUGAGCUGGCCGCACUACAAUCUUUGUCACUCUGUUAACCAGCUACUUAACUGUCCAUUGUCUUUGUGGCUGCUUUUUAAUCAGGGUGUGGUGAAAUGACCUCAAUUUAUCAAAUUAUCGAGAAUAAGGGGACUUGUGACCUGACACACUGCAGUAAGACACGGUAACAGUAUUUGAGCUAUUUACCAUGAAUGUGACGUCAAAGAAAGAUGGUGGACGGUUUAUUUUUAUUAGAAUAACAGUCUUGCUGUGUUAUGUCUGAGUAAGACCAGGUCUUUGAGUGGACUGAAUCAGUAUUCACAUCCAAACUGCCAGCUGCACUUACGCAGUGUCCUCUAGAGAUAAACGUGUCUGAGUAAGCAUAUCCCUCUCUGCUCUUUUUAUGGGUAAUUUAUAAAUCUGGGUUGCAGCAUAAUAACUUUUUAUGACCCAGGUUCACAUUAAAUUUGAUCUGUGUUCCUCUUGAGAAUUAGCAUUCACAUUUCAUCUCUUUAUUUAGUCACCUCUAUGGCUCUGCUGACAUUAAACUGUGAAUAUUAACUACAGUCUCAUAGAGAACACAGAUGUUACAAGGAGCUUUGCAACCAUAAAAAAUUCAGCACUUGUCCCCCAAAGCCCACUUCAUCUUCAUAUAAAUUUCUUAACUGUGUCAUUAAGUCACAAGUUUUAUGAUAUACCUGAAUUUAUUCUCAGAUCUUACUGCAGUCCAUUUUUGUCUUGUACCAGCCUUUUUUCUACCAUCUCUUAUAGAUGAUUCACCCAAAAACACCCUUGGCUCAUUUAAUCAGUAACAUACUUUUUACAGCAGACAUUAACAUGUGUAAAUUAAUCCAUUGUGAUGUGUUGACAUCUCAACAGCUGACUUUUAGUGCUCUUCAUGGGUUGGCUUUCUAACUUGACAGUUCUCAUUCUCGCUUCUGGUGGUAUAUCCCAAAUUUUAAAUAUCCGAGAUAGUUCAGUCAGGAUCACUUUGUCAAAAUUCAGCUUUAUCGUGCAAAGUUAGAAUUGGCAGUGUAGUCCUGUUCCGGGUCCCUGCCCUUCCACACGCUUGUGCGGAAGCCGGAGGCAGGUAGAGCCCCUUCCAGCCCUUCACGAGCCAUCAUGAAAAGGCGAUAGCAGGGAGCGCAUGUGAGGUUCUGUUCGAGGUCCCCUGUUCUCCUCACAAGUGUGCGUGAGAGAGCAGCGGCAGGAAGAGCACCUUCCCGCCCUUCAUGAGGCAUCAUGAAGGCAGAAACAACUGGGGCUAGAGAGGGAUGAACAGAACCCCCCCGGAACAGGAGCGCUUCAAGGGUAGUGGAGUAGUUUAUCUGGCACAAGGGUGGAGCUGGGUUGCUGGUUGGCUGUUGAAGCAGAGGAAGAGGCUGGGUUAGGGCAGUUUUAAAUUGGGCACUCUAAAGGCAUAGGACCAAUAGGAGCUAGGAGGAACUAGCUGGGCCAUCAGCUGGUUGAGGUAGCUACUUCCCAUUGGCUGCCGAUCAGCACUUGACAUAGUGACCUGCCAGAACUAAUGCUAUGCGUCAUUUAUGAAAACAAUGGUGAUUGGAGUUAACUUAUAAAAACAGAACAUGCAAUACAACACAGAACACUUUCCUGUAGCUUAAAGAUCACAUUAUGUUUAGACAUUAAAACUUGUCUGGAUGUAUUUAAUAGAAACAAGAAACUGCAACUAAAAUCUGCAACAGGUGUUUUUGUAAUUUUUAUUUCUUGUUCAGGCAAAUCAAAAUCCAAAAAAAUACAGAUUUAUUUUGGUGUUGUGACUUUUCAAAAUUGCAAUGACUGUGAGCAGCAGUCACAGUCAUUCAAAUAAGAGUCUUAUUAGAAUUAAAUGGUCAUGCUGUUGACAAAGGUGCCUCUGGUCAGACCUGUAAUUAUAGCAUCAAGGCAUUAGUGACCCACUUCUGUGGAAUUCAAAGCACCUAUUGCAUAACUAUUUCAGAUACAGCAGCAGCUGAUGGGGCCUUUUCACGUUCCUGACUCCAUGACCCCUGACAGCUAUUGCCUGAGGACAACUCCUGACAUCAGGUCACAAGACAUAGAAGAACCCAUCAGUCUUUUGAGGCUCCAGCUAUGACCCUUAAGCACAAUCAUCACCUCUCCUGCUAAAUGCACUGCACACCAAGCUGCUAUUGCAGUACUAUCCAGGGAGCAGAGUACAAAAUUGCAUUUUAUGGCAAUUUAAGGGCAGGCAAGAAGAGAGGUGAGCAGCAGCAGCCAGGCUUGGGCAGUUUAACUCACCAAAUUGUGAGUUAUUUCUAGCAGAUCUUGAAAACUGAAGAAGACCCAAGGCACAAAAUUCAGCUUUUGAAAAAAGCUUCUACACAUACCUACAGGGCAGAAGAGGCAUUGAAAUAAUAUUUGAAGUUUGUCUUUAUUGUCUAUGAUGUGUCUUCCUCUACAAUUUCCCCAGAAUAUUUUCCCCAUACUUUGAAGCAGGGAAUUUUUUUUUUAAAGAUUAACUUUGGUUUCAUCCACAGACAGUUACUCCACAGCUAGUUUCAGGUCCUGGACCACAACUUUAAAGACUACGAUGGUUCAGUCUUCACAGUAGCAGGUCAGCUAUGUCAAUCCCUUGCAGGUGCUUUAGUUUCUUCAAGCUGUUUUAGCCUGCAGAGGCAGGGGUAGCUGGAGACAGAGCAGCAGCUCCGUGUGUAGGUGCUGUUGAACAGAGUCCAAAAUCAACAGUGGCAGUGUGUCUAAGGAAGAGUCAAGGAGGAAGGGAAAGUGGAAGGUAAGGGAAUAGAAGACACCGUGUUGAUUUUGGGUGUGAGUAAUAAUCGGGGUAAUAAGCCGCGAGAGAAGAGGCACUCUGAAGCAAAGCAGUGGAGCUGUUUUUGUUUUAUGUGGCUAUUUGCCAUUUCAGCUCCUGGCUGAUGGAUGUCAAUCUGCUCUGUGGGUGAUGAUGGAACAUCAUAUUCAGUAUAAGGCUCCCUUUUCCAGCCACUGAUGUUCGAAUCACAGACAUCAAAGAGGGAUGCUGUCAGCCAAAAAGGAUCAAUGCUGUCUUGGCAAUUUCAAAUAUUUUUGUUGCCUGAACUCUUACCUGUUCACAGUGUUAUAGCUUUUAAAAACAAGGAUAAUAAAAACCACAUGUUAUCAGGUGAUACUGACAUUACCUGAGUUUAAUUUCAAAGUGUAUAAGUGAACUUUAAUGAGCUAUUUCAACACAAUACAGAUGUUUUUGAUUUAAAACUCUUAUUCUGCCUUCAUUUACUGUCUCAGAAUUGUUUUCUUUUAUUCUAACAGGUUGUAGUCUUAAUAAUAUGCCCAGAUUAUUGUCCAGAUGAGCUCUCAAGUAUAUUUAGCUGUAUUUGAGUAUAGCGUAUCAUACUUUAUUUCCAUGACUGAAAAAUAUUUCUGCGCGGUAAGAAAAUUCAUACAAAAAGAUGACCCCAGAGAAACAGCUUAGAAUAAAUUGAUUAAAUUUCCAUUUCAUUUUACCUGAAGAUUAGCACCAAUACUUCCUCAUGGUCAUUCUUUGCAGACUUACAGUCGAUUUAACAACCUCAAACAUGUUGUUUCAGUCAUACUUUCCUUUCUCAGAUUGUCUUUCACUCAUCUUUAACAGGGUGGGAGACACAAGGCUAUUGCUUUCCACUUUUUUCCGAUCUUAAAAUGUUAAUUUAUUCACCCGAGCUGUUCUGAAAUAUUAUUUGAGGGCCAGGGUUGUUGAUGGUCGUGCCUAGAGUAGUAACAGGGGGAUAUUAAGUGCUACUGGAUGGAAAAGAACUGCUACACUUGAGAAAAAACAACAUAACGCUUCCUGAAUUUGCCUUGUGGAACAGCAGCUGAGCCUGAUGUGAAUUCCCCCCCUGCCAAAGUUAUGGUGGACCCCUUCACCAGCCGUUUCACUUUUUCCUCUUAGAAUAUGCUUAGCUUAUGUGUAAUGUGCUGUAUUUCACUAAAGUACUCCCACUGUACCCACAUAAAGUACUUGUUGGUGGUAAGCCUCACUCUGCAACACUGCUGACUUGCUGUCUUUAGACUGUUGGCUGAUAUUUUGUUGCUGUACCUAUCCAACCUAAUAUAACUUCUUAUUCGCCUUCUUUCAUACUUUUCCAUCAUCUCACUGCAAGCCCCCGGGCCUCAUAAAAUUGCUUUUUUUUUUUUUCAAAUUAAUGUUUUUUUACUUUUAUAAAGAAACCUCAAUGUCCAAAAUAAUGAAUUCACUGUCGAAUUGAAUCGAGGAGCAGACAGCGAGGAAAAUUUAGAGGCUAUUUAGGCAGAUUGAGACAACAAAUAAAUUGUAAAAACAAAAUAAAAAAUUGAUUGAGGAAGAAUAUGUGCUCGUUUUAUAUUUGAAAAAGAUGGAACAUGGAUGACAUAACAGGAAAAGUCGUGUAAUGCUUAAAAACACCUUCAAUCAAUCUCAACCAAUCAGUCCUUAUCCCUUGAGGAACACGAACAUUUUAUAAUGUUGACAGGUUAGUAAUGCAACUAGGUACAAAAGUGACAGACUAGAAGAACUGAGUUGUUCAGAUGUGAAGAUAGGAAAAGGUUGACCACUCUGUUAAUCAAUCAAUCAAUCAAUCAAUCAACUUUAUUUCUAUCGCAUAUUUAAAAGAACCACGGGGGUAGCCAAAGUGCUGUACAUUGUGACAUAAAAACAAAUAAAACAAGCAAAGAACAAGAUAGACAAAGUGAGCAAGUAGUUCAACAAUUUCAGCAUUUGUGUGCCUGAUAUAAUCAAAGACCCAGAGAAUCUGAAGAAACCUUUGUACAAAAGGGACAAGGCUAUUGAGUAAUAAUGGAUGUCUGUGAUAUUUUGUCUCUUAGAAGGCACUGCAUUUAAAAUAGAAAUAGAAAUUACUGCAUAACCUGAAAAUUGCUUCUAGAGAUCAUUGUCUCUGAACAAGGUUUAUCAUUGAAUCCACAAACGCAGGUUGAAACUGUACCAUGCAAAGAGGAAACUAUAUGUAUAAAAAUAUCCAGAAACAUUGGAACCCCAAUCAAGAUGGACAGAAAAGGUGAUAUGGAUAAGAUUAUUGAUAUAUUUUUUUUUCUUUUACAUUUUUGAUUCACACCCAAGAGUAAGAAAAGCCAAGAUUUGCACAUUUAUUGUUAAUCAUGCAUUCUGCCUGAAACGACCACAGUAAAGUCACAAAAACAAAGAACAGUUCUGACUCUGCAAUCGUCUUUUAUUAAAUUGUGAACUCCUUUACACGCAAUACUAUCUUUCCAAGUAUCUCUCCAUUUGCUAAAUGUCUGGAUGGACAAAUGUCUGCAGUUCACAUGUCUGUCUUGAAACAUGUCCCACUGACUUCAAAUGUUGCUACAAAUUCUGCAGUAGCUGACAAAAUCCUUUGUCUUUAACUUCAGAAAGAGGUGGAUAAUCAAGUGCUGUUUAUUCAGUGAUAUCUCAGUUAUUACCAAACACCUUUAUAUAUUAUUAUCAAAAACAUCCUAAUCUAACCUAAUCCUAACCUUGUGUCUGUGUCUAUCUCUGUCUGUCUUCCUCAGUGCUUGGCCCACAGGGUCUACGUUUGGUCCAGGUGACUGAUGUGUCCCUUCUGGUCGAGUGGGAACCUGUCCGUGGAGCAGAGUACUACAUUUUGACAUAUCAUCCCAAAGAUGAUCCAAGGGCCAUGAAGGAAGUAUGUUUUCUACCUCUUUUUUUGGGUGUGUCAAAUAAAAGAUGCUGGAUUUUAAGAAAAUCUCACAAUAGGAUGUGCAGAUGGAUUGUCUAAUUAUACAAUUGACUACCAACAAAACAGGCAACGUGAUCAGGGCAUGAUCAGCACAUGCACAUCCCUUUUUGCUCUUAUUGAUAUCUAAUUGUUGUACAUAUUGUGCAGCUGAUACUCAGACUACCUUUUUUAACCCACUGUAUUGUAGGUGCGGGUUCCUAACACGGAGAACUCAUACCUCAUCACCGGCUUGUCUCCCGGGGUUACCUACAUCGUCCAGGUGCACGCCGUCAUCAGAGAAAUCCGAAGUGAAGCAGACAAGAUUGAAGCUACAACAGGUGAGUGCAGGCUGCUCUAAAUACCAGCAUUUAUCUUCAAAAGAUGUGCUCUCUGUGACUAAAUGAGCAUGACGCAGUUUGAAAACAAUUACUGGUUCGGUGGAAUGGGGCUGAAAGCAACAUGCUGCCUUUAAAUACUUUGGUGGUUUGGGAAAAAGGCAGAGUUGGUCUGUUAACGACUCCUGUGGCAGGAAGGCCAGGUAAGGCCUGCAGGUAUGGGGAGAUUAAGUCAGAUUUUCUGUGGAUUAAGUGGUCACAUUCGAGGUUGGAGGUGCAUUUGCUGUGUUCAUGCCUCAAGUGUAAUGAGGCAUGAAAACACUAGUACGUAAAGUGCUGAAGGAGGUGUUGAAAUGGAAAACAAGUUUGAGGUGACAGGUCCUCACUGCACCCCAGACAUGAUAGAUUUUAACCGACACCUUUGAUAUCAUAUCUAGAUUAGGGUGAUAACAGUUGUUUGUGUUUUUAGCAUUAAAGUUUUUCCUCUACAUGUUGCUACCUUUAGGCCAAUGGUUUUCUAAGACACACAAGAUGAAACCUGUCAUCACUAAGUGUUUCAUCAAGAGCUGGUUUGUUAACUCUUAAAUUUUAAGGUAAUGACAAGGAAAUGGCUCCACACUUGUGUUAAAGGAAAUCAACUCGCUCUUAGAUGUGGCAGAGACAGAUGUGAGGAGAAAAGAGAUUAACAGACAGGGCUGGCGGUUGGUGUGGAUGGGACAGACAGACCGAUGGAGAGAGAGAGAGAUGGAGUUUGACGCUAAUGUGCGGUUAGCCUGGUUAGCAAUGGAAAACCUCACACAGCAUGGCAUUCCCAUAUGGGCAUGGGAAAACACGCCAUCAUCUGGCUUAUUGGUCUAGAGAGGGAACUCAGCAGGAGGCAGAGGUUUAACAUAGUUUUCAACUUCAAACGAUGAUCUACUUCAAAAGAGAGCUCUUGUGAGUGUUUCUGUUUUCUCCAUAUAAAGACACAAUAGAUGGCAUUAAAAAAACUGCUGUCUCAUUUCUUUUUCUGCUUUUUAUUUCGUUUUAUGGUUUUGAUCUGUGUCUUGAUACCAUAUGCUGUAAAUUUUGUCACCCUUCUUGGCUGUGCUGGUGUUAAAAAUGUCACUCAGUGGUAGCUCUCAAGUCUGUUGGGGGCCUUUGACAAAAAAAUUUACGGGGGCUCCCAACAGAAUAAUUUACGACGGAGUAUUAGGGCCACAUUAAAAUUGAGACUUUGUAAUUACUUCCAAGAAAAAAGUCGUAAUAAAAUUAUUACUUACGAGAAUAAAGUAGCAGCUAAUAGCUAUUCUAACCUGUUGUUAGUUGUUUAAAUGAGCGCUGUGGAGCAUUUAGAUGAAUUGAACUUCAGUAGCUAGGUUUCACAAACAAGGAGAUAAAUCCUUUGGUGUUUCAGAAUCACAUUGUCAUAAGUAGGAGGACAGUAGGAGGAGGGGGAAAUGGCUGUGCAGAGGCUCAAUCCCUCAAUGCAGAUGUUUAUAGCAAUAGCAUAUGGCUUUAGUUUAUCGUAUGAUUCUAUAUGCCAUAAGGUGUUGGUGCCUCUGCAGGUGUAGGUUGAUACCGGUAUUGUGCCAGCAUCAGAGACAGAUGCGGUGCUCAUCGGAGCUCGACUCCCUCUGAAUCGCAUAUGUUGAUCAUCAGUUGGAUUGUUUCUUGAGAAACCAUAAAAGCCCUCUGAAUGUCCCACUGAUGCACCCACAGAUAACUGCAGUUGACCAGUUCCAGCCAUUUCCUCCUCCACAAAUGCAGCUUUAAGACUUCAUUUACUUUACGACUUUAUUCUCGUAAAUAAGGAUUUUAUUAUGACUUUAUUCUCGCAAGUGAUUAUUUUAUUGUGACUUUUUUCUCGUAAGUAAUGAUUUUACUACAACUUUAUUCUCGUAAGUAAGGAUUUUACUACGACUUUAUUCUCGUAAGUAAUGACUUUAAUCUCAAAAUCUUUUUUUUUUCUUAAUGUGGUCCUAAUACUCCAUUAUAAUAAAUAACUUGACACCAACAAAACUAUUUUUAAAUAUUGUUGAGUGUCAGUACUAUAGCUGUACUAACACUGAUACACUAGUAUUGUAACUUCUAGCUUAUUUCUGAUCUAUUAGCCUGAUAUGUAAGCUAACAAGUCAACUGCCAAUGUCCUGAAUCUGACACCUGGGGCUCUAUUUUCGUGCCUCGCCGGAGACGUGCCGCAGGCGCGGCGUAAGUCAGGUCCACCGCGCCGACAAGGCGUUCCCAAGCACAAUUUGGUAUUUUGGUGAGCAGCGCAGCCGGGCGUAAGUAUCCCCCCUCCCUGACUCAGCUCCUCCCGGCGGCGUAAGUCGUAGCGAGGAAGGAGAGAGGGCGUGGAGUGGGUUUAACACAGCCGAGACCUGUUUUCACCAAUCACAUCAGCUCCUCUCCUUGCCUUUAAAUCCACCACAGGCGAGGCGUAUUACCAUUUUCGUGAAGUAGUCAAAGAGAUCAAGAGAUGUCUGAAGACAGUAAUGCUCCUCCUACUGGCUGGCUGCAGAGUCAGUCCUAAACCCACCUCCUUUAUGUUGACUGAUGGAUCAUGCAUGAAUCUAAAGAUGAAAAGUCUGCAUUGAAUUAAUUUUCUCAAACCUAGUUUCUAUGACUGUGACUUAUCCCACUGGUUUAUAUCCAAGCUUUCAUUUCUUUGUUCAGAUUAAAUUGUUUGAUAUUUAAAAGAUGAGUGAUUGACAGCUAUGUUGGCAAAAGCCUGCUUCUUCUACCUUAAGCAGAGUAGAGGAGGAACAGAAAAAGAGAUGUCACCAAUGCUAACAGAAGAGUCCUUUUCAUGACACUAAACAGAAGUCCUGCUAUUUUUUUUAAAGAGGGAUUUACAUAUAUUAAAACACACAUUUUAAAUUUCAGUUUGCCAUUUUCCUGUCAUUGAGACCUGUCACAGUACUUGUUGUGUGGCUGAAUAAAAGCAGAACAAGUUAUUAAUACUAAAGUAUAUUUGGUUUCGAUAAUGUCUUGAAGGCUAAAAGAUCAAAGAGCAUGUCUCCCUCCUGACCAAGGUCACGUUUCAAGCUGGAAGUAAUAAAUCAUCCAACUCAAGGCCACGAUGGAGCAGAGCGGGACAGAUGCAUGUUAUGACAGAGGCUUUCACACAGAGCUUCCAGUUUAAGGGUCAAGUCUGUACAACCAGUUUCAUGUUGUUGUCUUGUAUCCUUCACAGAUGUUUCAGUCAUUGAUGAUAUUCAAGUUCUUGGCCAGACAGAGGACUCCAUCCAGGUGGACUGGAAGAACCCACCUGUAGAGGUGGAUCACUUCAGGCUGACACACACUGACCCAGCAGGACGGGAAGAGGAACAGAACGUACGGAUGAGCCAGGAGGCACGCACAAAGCACACCAUUGUGGGUGAGUGAUAUAAUAAGUAGACAUGUUGUAUUUUGAAACCCUAAAGCCAAUGUAUAAAUAGCAUACUUUUUGACUGUUAUGCUACAACUGUUAGUUCACUAACUCAGUGCGCACUCCUAAAAACUCAUAGCUUUGUGACAUAAAAACAGACAUACUCUUAAUAUGUUAAUGCUAAGAUGUUUCACAUCAGGGUUCCGCCCACCCUUUCAGCAGUCUUCAUUUGCAUAAACACCAGUUCACUGUACGAUAUCCUGAUAAUUACUUGGCUACCAACCAGGAGAGUUAAUAAGAAGAAGCAAAAUAUGGAUUUUAAUAUCAUUUUAUUGAAUUAAAAAAUAUUUCCCUCCAACCCCAUGAUCUGUAUCGGUACCAUGGAUACUGAUUCUUAUUAGCCUUGCUGUAUGAAUAACACAAAACUGUCACAGCUUUUACAUUAAAGCUAUUAAAAAGCUAUUACCUAGCAUUUGCCCCUCUUGGUCCCUCCAAGUACAGCACUGACUAUUGUUUAUGGUCAAGUUAUGUCUAUCAGUAAUAGGUGUGGUUCUAUUACUCUGUGGGCUGCUCUUACAUCUAUACCCAACAGUCAUUAUUUUCAGAUUCUGAAGACCAGCCCGAGAUGGAAACUAAUGUUUUUGCCAUAAUUUAGACUUCUUAUGUGUUUGCACUGGCGUCACUCUUGUCCAACAGGCAGAAAUGAAGUGACCCCUUCUCCUUUGCAUGGUUUAAUUUGAUAUAAGAUGUGUGUUCAGGUUGCCCCUGGUGCCAGUUUUGUAAUUGGGAACAGCUAACUAUUGUCAUGGGGUUUGGACCAAUCAAAAUCAAGAUGUGUAUUUCUUCUGACCUUAAUUAUCUUAAAAACAAGUUUGGGUCUCCGGGUUUGUUGUUUUCCACACACACUGAAGUUUUUUACAUUACAUAUUUCAUUGUUUAAAAACGAUGUACUCUUGCAGGCCUGUUUCCAGGGACGGAGUACCAGAUUGCAGUCCAGGCCAUCAAAGGAGCUGUGGAGGGAAAAUCUUCCUCUGUCAUCGGUGCCACAGGUCAGUGAGCCAUUUCUGACACUCAGUGACUGGCAUCCCCUCUGCAAUCAGCUAAUAAGAGCUCCUUCUUAUAUGUUUUAUUUUAUUUAUUCAUUUAUUUUGAUUCCGUCUGUCCUCAUCAAAAACUAAAUAUAUGAUUAGCUCUGUUUAAUUAAUUACUGUCUGCUAUCAUAUUUUCUUUUUCUUUUAAGUACAAGCUGCCCAAAACCAGCUGCUCAGAUGAGCAAUUAAAUUCAGCACUUCAGAAAGUUAAGCUUCAUCAAAAGGCCUUUUUUCAAUUAGAAAAAAAAAGUAUAUAUAUAUAUAUUUUUAUAUAUGUAUUAGAGACUCUAUUCCUUUUUGUGGUGCCACCAACUAUGUCUAAAUUUGACGACACUGAAAACCAAUGAAUGAGUAAUUUCUGAGGAGGACAGCAUUAAAGAUUCAGCCAGGAUAUCCAUAUUCUUCUUUGGUUUGAAUUAAGUGAAGCAUAAAUAAAGGCUUAAACUCCUGUCAAGCCACCUUUAUUUUAACAGUGGUUAGCCCCAAAUAGGAAAAACACAUAAUCUGUCAAACACAGUCAGCAUGAUAAAACCUUCCACACGCAGCCAGUGAUAAUAGCAUAAUGAAUACAGCCUGCUAGAAGCAUGAUUGUGGGUUAAUAAUAGAGGGCGGGAAUUUUCAGUCUAAUAGCCUGGACAGGUCCUAAUGGCUGUGGUGAGCCUGUUCACCGAAGGGAAACUUGAUAUGAAUGGUGUAACGACUACAAGAUGCUCCCUGACUACUGAGGUGAGAAGGUCUGUGAUUUACAGAGUCCAUCUGGUAAUGUUGGACUGAGGCAGCGUGGCUCUGAGUCCAACAGUGUUCAUAGACCUUUAUUAAGCAGUGUUUCAGGACGUGACGAGGAAUUCAUUUCGCAGCUAGUCUUGAGAUUGAAUUGCUUUAAAGUUGAUACUCAAGUGACAAACAAAUGGCCUAUUAGGACACAGCAGGUCUUCAGUUACUCCUUUUAUUCUACUAAUUUGUACUUUGUUAUUCUCUAAUACUCUGUCUCCCUCGAUUUCUUUUUUCUCAUCCGCUCUCCAGCCCUCAGAGCAAAAAAACAGUGUCGAGGCUGAUGGCUCUCUAUGAUUUGGUACUUGUGGCAGCCAAUUUAACGGUUUUUAGUCACUAGGUGAUUUCAAGACUCUCUUUUUCAGCCAGUCAGAGUCUCAAAGGCCCUGGUUAUUACGAGCCUUCUUUAUUCUGUGUGUGUUUUAUACUCGAGCAUUGCAUGUGUGUAUGUGCAGAUGUGCUAAUCUAUACCACACAGGCCGUGGCUUGUCUCUACCUCAGUAGCUUCAAUCCUUCAUUUGAGAUGUUUCAGGAAAGGGCUUAGUGGUGAUUGAGGAGGAUAGUUCUCAGCUCUGUGUGUGAGUAAAGAAGGUGCUGGUAUAGCUCAAAUAAAUUGGAGCACACUCACCUGCUAUCUCACCAGACAUUCUGGUUACUUCAGGGGCUGUGCAGUCAUAUGCAGUAACAGAUAAGAAGAGCACGAAGAGGAGAAGAAAAAUAACAACAUAAGAAGAAUAAGAGGAAGAAAAAUUGGGUUUAUGGUUACAACAAGAAAUGGAAGUGUGGUUGGAAAAAUAGGCCAAAUACGACAUGGGAAACAAAACAACACUUAAGAUGAAGCUGGAUAUCAAAAUAAUUGGUCUCAAUGAAAGCAUUUUAUUGGCAUAGUGCUUUUACUAUACUGUGAAAAGAUCUCCUGUUUGAUUGGCUGAGACUGAUUCCCCUUAUUACGAUUGUUUUUCACUGUUUUGUUAUAUAAGGAUCACUUCAAGAGCUAAAAAGUACGAAUGUCAUUAUAGUAAAGCAGUAAUAUUAACAAAAAAAAGUUGAAAAUAGAUGUGAAAAAAAAAACAAAAAAACAAAACAAUGAUGCUGCAUUCCUUUUACCUCGGAAGUCGGAGCUGGGAAUGAUGUUACACCUGAAAUGGCGGCGUUUCAGUAAACAAGUCGGAAAACCAAGAAGGACGCCUACUGUUAGCCGUUGUUAGCUGUUGUUUACAAUUGUCAGUUGUUGUUAGCUGUCGUUAGCCGUUGUCAGUUGUUGUUGGCCGUUAACAGUUGUUGUUAGUCUUUGUCAGCUGUUGUUAGUUGUUGUUGGUGAUACUAGUUGUAAACAAUACAUAACACAGUAUUUUACUCUUACAAACAUCAUAGCACCGUGUUCACUGUUAGACGUUGGGCAGUACAAUAUAUACCACUUAUUAAAUUUAAUAAAAACAAAACAGAAGUGCUAAUACAUAACACAUUAUGAGAGCUUUCACUUUUACUCUUUACUGUUGAUGCACUGCGCUGCCAUCUUGGAUUAUGACUUUGUCAGCAAGUCAGGGUUGGUGAGUAUCAUCCGACUUUCCGAGUCAGAAAUCCAACUUCUGAGUACAACUGGAAUGCAGCAUUAACAUUGGCUUUGGUUAGCCUAUUUAUUAGAGUGCCUACAUGUUCACCUAUUGAUGGAAAUGAAAUACUGUAUUUGGAGACAGACAUCUAAAUUAUCUGAUGGUUAAUUCAGCUACACAGCUGGAACAUGACUUUAUAGAGAGAGAGGGUGGCAGAUGAAGUAAGAGCCUACAGCACUUCUUGAAUACUGUUGAACAGAAAUAAAGACAACACCCACAUCUCCUAUAAUGGUAACUGUGACUUAAAUAUAAACUGCUAGAAGAAAGUCUAUAACAGCCUGUAAAGGUCACUGUAAGGUCAGCUGUCACUCAGCUAUAAGUACAUUGGGUUAAAUCCUGAUAUGUUUUUUCAACACAUAGUCCCCUUUUCUCUGACCUGAAGAAAAGAAAAUGCUAAAUUUACAAAUGUAUUGACCGUAAAUUUUUUUUCCUUUCUGUGCUGAAGCUGAGAUGUAGCUUUGAUGGACUUUAGAUAACUGUAUGGUGAUUAAAUGACAAUAUGAUACCUUUGUUCUUGCCUUUGUAUGGACACUGUCACCCUCGCGGUAGGUUCAAUUUACAAAUCUGCGUCAGUCUAUGUGUUUGUGUGGGUAGCUGUCCGAUGUCUUUCAGCUGCUGUCAGUUCACAAGUAAAAUGAUUCAGUGACAGCGAACAUUUGGGAAAACACUAAAACUCCACUUAGAUCUGAUGUUUCAUACUCGCUGGCCUGCCAAAAGAUUAUCAAGCUUAUAAACACAAGAUACCGUGACUGCUGCUGCUGCUGCCACUGAUUCAGAUUCAAUAAAGUCCCACCAAGGCCUGUAUAACCUAAAGCAGAUGGACUUGGGUUUGGCAGAGGAGUUGAAUGUUUAGAUUUAACGUUAUCUGGACACACUAUAUCUCCACAUGUGGUCCGCAGGGAGUCCUCGGUCUGCUCAGACGCUGUCCAUCAGUACUGUGGGUGAUCCCUAAAGCUGGAGAUGCCAGUAAAAUAUCAGGUUCAACUGUGAGAUGGGACAUUUUAUGCUUGUUCACUCGUGUUUGUUUGUAGAACUUCAUAUUGGUCUGAACGUGUCUACUGAAGGAUGAAAGUACAGGAAAAUACUGUUACAGCCUUUCAGUUGCAGUGACAUCUGUAAGAUGUUUUGCCAUCUGUAUCCUGAGUUGUGGCUACACAUUGUCAAACUUCUACCGUGCCAAGUGUCGCAUUUUUUUUAUUUUCAAGGAAUCACUUUUGGACUUUUUCCGCCUUUGUUCAGAGUAAAGAGAGGGAAGCAAGGGAGGAGGGAGCAAGGAUGGCAGGGAGCCACUGGUUAAGCUGCUUGCUAUCUUGACUACAGCGUCCAUAUAUGGUGUGAUUUAACCCCUGAGUCAAGCAGGUGCCCCAAAGAUGGCACAUUUUACAUUUUUUUAAUCCAAUACACACAGAAUGAAAUGCCUUUUUGUGUGUAGCUUUUAUCUUCUAAUGCUUUUACAUGGUGCAUACAAAAGGUUACUUCUCUUCAUACAUAGUUGAUUUUUCAGAGUGACAUAUAAGUCGGUUAACACCCUAAUAAACUGUUGGAAAUCACUUAAAGAAGCUUAAGUAGAGGAACUCCACUCAUGUUCCCUUUGAUUUACUGUAUCUGCAGACUUACUGUUUCAUUAUGGCUUCCCUGUAUGGUAAGGCUGUUAAGCUGCGAGGCUGUAAAUGAUGAAAGAUGGCCUGCGACUGUGCGCCUUGUGGUCCGCGCUUCUGUUGAAGAUGCCGCCUGUAAUGGAUAAGCUGUUUUCCAAACAUCAGAAGCCACAGCUAAUGUUCUGGGGGCCGGUAGCCGCUGUCGCUACUCGGCUAGUGGGGCAGAACGUCUGGGGAAACUCGAUCCAUCAAACAGUGUAGCUAUGGAGCAAAGCAAGGCAAUCUGAAAAAGCAAUAGUGCUCAGAAAAAAAGGACCUUGUUAUACAUAUAACAUCUCAAACAGGCAGAAUCUGCUGCCACCUCAAACUGCGGGGAGAAUAACACUCAGUGGGGGGAAAAUAAACCCUCAUUCUGAUGGAGAACAGAGAUUUGUUAAACACAAGCUCUGCUCAGACAUUUACUAGUCAAAUAAUAAUUUAGGUUAGUUAGUGGUAAGAGUUAAAGAGCAAUAACAGACCUUCAAAGUAAACCGUCAAAUGCUUUCUGUUGCUUGUAAAUCAAUUUUGUAAGUCUUUUAUUCAAUUUGGAACAACAUCUGCAACCAAUGUUACGUCGACUUAAAAACAAAAAGUAUUGAGAGCAGGAGAACGUAGAAGGAAUUCAUCUCAGACUCUUACUCAGCAGUGUUGAAGAAAAAAUGUAUAUUUUUCACCUUUAUUUAAGUCUGGGGCACUCAGACAAAGAGCACACGUAGCUCCAGCAGACCCACUGUUUCAUGACCUCCUGGCAGGAAAUGCUGCUGAGUUAAAGUGCAGCAAAAUUAAAGAACAAUUGUCAGUGCCAUAAAAAUUCACUUACAAAAAGGUUGCGUGACAACCACCUCCCAGAAGCAUAAUCUGAUUAUUCCCUCAGAUCUGAUAAAGAACCGUAAUAUGAUCGAUCAAGUGUAUCCAUUAAAAUAACAUAAUCCACAAUCACUGAUAACACUCAGGAUGCCGAAAGUAAUAUACUAAAAUAAAGAUACAGGUUACAACUAAACUUUUGUAGAUAACCUUUUAAAAAUCUUUUAUUUUGAAGCAGGUUCUGUGGGCAAAUAUAUGAUCUUGGGUGUGACGUAAAUUAUCAUUAGCAGUCACUCGGGAAGCAAACAGGACAGAACGCAUCAGUUGCAAUGCAAUCUAAGAUCCAAUCAAAGGUUGUCAGACAACCGAAAAUCAAACUUAUGCAAGUGAAGCUAUCUGUUCUUUUCAACUCUAAACUUCUUUUCAGUUUAUAAAGUUGCAAAUGGGACUGGAAGCAGAGGCAUAACGAGACAACAGAUGUCGUGACACUUGUUUUACUGUGGGCCCCGAAAAAGUUAUCUUAACCCAUAGAGACAAACACUGUCAUUAGACAUUAACCAGUGAGUUCUAAGAUUAAAAAAAAAAACACAUACCAAACAAAAUAUAUAUAUAAUUAAAUGACUUGCACCAAUUGCUCAUUAAUAAGACUGACAACUGAUAGAAAUUUAACUCACAUUUCAGCCAAAUCCUGAUUUUUUUUUGCAGAUUUCACUGUAAGAAAAUUAAUGUUUUCUGCCGUUUUACAGCCAUUUCUAAUAGCCAAUAAAAAGGAAUUUAGUUUGGACUUUAGUUUGGACAGCUAUGUUUGCAAAAGCCUGCUUCUUCUACCUUAAGCAAAAGAAGGAAAAGAAAAAAGGGUUUUAACCAAUGCUAGCUGAAGAGUUAUUUUCAUAACACUAAACAGAAGUCCUGCUAAUAUUUUCAGGAAAGAUUUGCAUGUAUUGAAACACACAUUUUAAAUUUAUUUAAAAGACCUGUCUCAGAUUUUAAAGACCUGUCACAGUACUUGUUAUGUGGCUGAAUAAAAGUAGAACAAGAUAUUAAUACUCAAGUAGGCUAUAUUUGGACUGUGGCUGUGAAUGAUUAAGUUACAAAAGAAAGGUAAGCUUUAUCUCUACUUCUUAUAAAUAUACCCUUUGUUGCAGUUUGAUACAGCUUUUAGUUUUGCUGUGUCUUUGUGAAUCCAUCGACAUGUGUCUGUGACUACAUGAAAAGUAUACGCUGCAGUUUCUGGGCUCCUUACUUUAGGUACUUAAAUGGUUGAAUGGACUCUCAUUUUCACUCUCCUUGGAGGAAACACUCAAUGCUAAUAAAAGAUAGAGCUAUUAUAUAUUCAGCUUUGGCUUUGGCUCAUAUCAGACUGUCAAGCUGUGCAGCCACAAGGAUGAGAAAGUGACAACGGGAGAAGAAAAGAGGCAAACAGGGGAAAUGGAGUUAGACAGUUGCAUAGAUGCUUUCUUCUCCUGUAUGCUUCAUAAAUCAGUUUUCAUGAUGCAGGCUGCACACUGACACAAGACUGACCUCGCCUGAGCCGCUGCCACAGAGGAAUACUUCUAAAUGAUGAUUGCUUUUACAGCCCCUCCACUUCCUCUGUGGAUCUCCAACUAGGCCUCUGUGGCUCUUUUAUUUUCUAUCUCCUUUCCUUCUUUUGUUGCUCCUCUAUCUCUUCUUUCAUGGAAAUUCCCUCGAUAGAGACUAACACUCAUUCACACAUUCACUGUACCAACUGCACUGCCAUGCUUCUUCUCUCCUGUGGGUCCUCACUGACUUUACAAACAGCAGCUCUGUGUUCUGCUGGGCUUCUGUGUCCUCAUCCUACCGCAGCUCAUCCUGUGGAGCUCUGUGGACAGGACAAGACUGCAGGUACGCUGCUGACGUACUUUAAAAGAGCCUAACAGAGCCAAAACACAACCCUACCUUCAGCAACUCCACAAGUUGAUGUUGAGUUGAAGUCCAACAACUGAGACACUGCAGCUGCCCACGAGCCUGUUUUUAUUCGUAUUGUGCAGUACAGACUUUUCAUAAUAACCUGUAUAUGUUUAAAUGAACUGAUAAAGAUAAAAUGUAUCCCUGUUUUUUAAAGGCUGUUCUCCAUAACAAACAACAACAUCACUUAGGAAACCGAGUAAACCAAAGUCAUAAUGUGUUAAUAGUAGAGGGACAAAAAGCCUUCUUGUGGUCUCAAAGCAAAGAAAACAACCAGGUUGUGUGUUGUUGUUAUAAAUAAAAGUCUGCUGAGGGAGGACACAUUUUUUUUAGCUAAAUAUUAACAAAGCACUAAAGCGUGGUUUUCCUGUUUUCAACAGACUGCCAAUAUUGUAGUCUGUUUUGGGUCGAUUGCUUGAAAGCAGGACAACAUGAUUCCCGAAAUUAAAGCAUGUGUUUAUUGUUUUACUCAUAAGAACAGUAUCUGCUUUUCCUUGGAAAAGUAUUCACUUUUACCAAAACAUCAAUAUUUUUCUCCACCUCAGCCAAAUGUUUUUGUGCCCAAACAUCUGUCCAAACGAAAAAAAAAUAUACACAGAUUUUUCUUCAGAAAAAACACAUUUCCAACAGUGAAAUAAAAGUAAAAAAGCUAACUCGGCACAGGUGUUAGAAAAUAAAAUAAAUCAUUACAAUAAACUAUUAAAAAAUAUUGAAACAAACAAACAAGAAAAGGAUAACAACUUGUAAUAAUGGGAUUAAAAGUCAUGGUUAUAGGAUCAAUCAUUAAAAUAAUAAAAUGAGAAAUCUAAAUUAUGAUAUAGCAGGUUAUAAAUGUGAGACGAAAUGCUGAAACAAUUAAAGAGUCAAAAACAUGAACAGGUUAAUCAUUAAAGUAUGUAACUUAAGGUGUCACGAGAGAAGGAGCAGCUUCCAGUUUCAUGUCUUGUUCAAACUAUUACUCAACCCUACAACAAAACUUCUGUGUGUUUCUUGUAUUCAUGUCAUGCUGUGUUAUCUGUACUUUAAGUACAGAUCUUGUGGCUUCUGUCAUCUUCACCCUGUGUGAAACUAUAAAAUUCUCCUUUCAACUGUGUUUUUGUAGCUCAUAAACCGGGAAUGAACUGGUAAACUGAGACUUAUGAAGGGAUUAAAAUAAGGAUAACUCAUUUACCUUUUUUUUCUGUGGUUAACUCUUCAGACAUUGAUUCUCCUACCAACCUGGUCACCACUGAAGUAACAGAGGACACGGCCACAGUAUCCUGGGAUCGAGUCCAGGCGGCGAUAGAUGGCUACAUGUUGAGCUACACCUCUACUGAGGGCUCCUCUUCAGACAUCCCUGUAGGACGAGACCUCAGCUCGUACAGGCUGGUUGGCUUAAGGCCCGGAGUUCUCUACACAAUCUACAUCUGGGCGUACAAGGGAGACAGAGUGAGCAGGAAGAGUUCAACAGAAGCUGAAACAGGUGACACUUUUAGCUUACCCACUUUUAUUCUAGAGAGGAUCAAGUUUUUUCUUUGGUUUGCAGCUGAAGAGUUUUAUGGGUUACCUGAGAGACCAAUAACUUCAAAAGUGUCUUAUGUAAUCCUCCAACAGUUUAACUUUUUAUCCUAACACAUCUGAGGCAAUUUACUGUUUAGAAGAAUUUUCUCCUUCUGUGUUUACUUAAAAAAAAAAUGAAGGGUGUGUGGCGUGACCUGUCAUCCUCCAGCAUCUGAAGUGUUCCCCCGCAGUUUGUUUUCUCCACUGUUUCGCUUUCUUCUUUUGCAGACUGAACAGCACAAAAUAUGUUUCAAGUGUCUUGUUUUUCUGAGUUUUUUUUUUGUGCAAGCUCUAUCUUCAAAUAGUCCUUGUGCACAAUGCACUAAUCAUUUCCUUUUGAUCUAUUGAGGGUUGGUUUUCCUGCAAGAUUUCCUCAUUUUUGUCAUGGCAAGAAGUGAAAAAAAAACAUCAGAGCGGACUUUAUUCACUUAGCACACUAAACCACUUUUUGCAGAAGUGCCGAGAGGAAAACUUGAACUCUCACUGAAAAGCCUAUUAAACGUAAUUAUGCUGGACACCUCGUUUAAAGGUGUAGUGCAGCCUGGGGCUGAAUGUUUCAAAAGAAGUUUGAGAAGAGCCAAUUUUGCUCAUUCAACAAAGCCAGUUAUUUUGUUCCUCCUGUGUUCCCCUGUCUCUUGAUCUUUGCUGUUGUGAAGUUUAGCAGCUGUUGCUGUCUGUUUGCUUUAAUGUCUGUGAAGAAAGGCGACUGGAGGAGCUUUCAAGAGCUGACUGGCAGAUAUCCAAAUUGCUUUAAAUAUUCAGUUGAGCACAAGGAGACAAAUGUUUUGGGACAUUUACAGGCAUUACUGGAAAAUAGUGAAAACUGUGGCUUUGUAUUUGUGGGACCGUUCAAUGCCAAUAGUGACAAUGACAUACAGCGUUUAAAAUGACCAAAAACAAGAACCCCUGCUCAUCCUGCUGGGAUUAAUAUAUGAACAUUAUCUUUAUUUUUAACUUGUAUUUUCUCGAAGUGAGCUGCUUCAAGUGUAUGCUAUGUUGCAUUGUAUGUGUGUGUGUUAGCAGGGUUCUUGUGCCAAUAUACUGUACAUUUCCAUCAUUUCUAGCAAAAUUGGUCCAAAAAGCUGCCUCGAAUUAUUUAUGUGCUUGAUAUUCCAUUCAUCUUCCCAAUUUGCUUUCUCCAUUUAUUCCAUUUUUGUCACUUCGUCACAGUUUUUAUGUUUUUUCUGGACCUUUUGGAGGAGGAGAGCAGACAUGUUCGUUUCAAUAACCUCACUCAUACAUCAACCACUGGGAGUGAACUCGGUCCUAAAUAUCUGAAGUGACUCAAACUUACUCCCCUUGGCAGCUAUUCUAGUAGUUGUCAUCUCAAUCACAGGAGCGGUCUGGGAGGAAAAACAGCUCUUAUUACUAUUUGAUGGGACUGUAUACAAAUUGAAAGUUGAAAUUUCAGUGUUCAAAUCAAAGACUGAAGACUCUCAUGUGGAAAUUCAUUCCUAUUUUUCGAGAAUAUUUGGUGUACAGUGUGGGGUCUUAUUACCAAACUGCAAAUCUUCUUCACAGAGGCAAAGCCAGUGAUCUGUGUUGAACAUGUGUGGAAAUUUCUUAUUCUAUUCUUCAAUUAGUGUUUCCAGUAGUAAUAUGCAUGCUCUUUUAUUAACAUAACUCAUAAUGAACUAAUUGUAGAGCUUCUGACAUAACAGGAUGACAUGAUGUCAAACUUGGAUUCAAAACCUCAAGGCUAAAAUAGGCCUUUUUUGGUAAUCAUGAACUAAAUUACAUACAGUAUAUGUUGAAUAAAACAACAGACAUUCACCUUAAAUGACCAAAAAGUGAAUAAAACUGAUUCCAGCUCUAAAUCCAGGUUUGACGUGUCAGAACUUUAACUACAUCACAGUGCUCUCAGCUGUAUGUGGUUCAUGUUAUGUUUGCUAUAGAUGUAGUGACUUUUUUAAGUAGUUUUUACUAACUCCUCAUGCAGAGCUGGAUGCUCCGUCAAACCUAUCGGCCCAAGAUGAAACAGAGUCCACCUUCAGGGUGUCCUGGGAUCGGCCCCAGGCUGAAAUUGAUGGCUACAUGUUAACCUACAGCUCCUCUGAGGGCUCAAGUGAGGAAAUCCAGCUCAGGUCAGACACUUCUUCAUACAUGGUUACCGGCCUGAGGCCUGGGGUCCUCUACACGGUCUACAUCUGGGCCAUCAAGGGGAGAAAAGCCAGCAGGAAGAUUUCAACACAGACCGAGACAGGUUUCAUAUCCUUGACUUUCUUUCUAAUCCAGGACAUAUAACUACCUAACCAGUCUACGCCAAAUUUGGGAUUAUGGGCUCACAUGCAUGCACAAGUGUGUUUAGGCAUGCUGCAACAGUUUGACAAAGAAUUUAAAACAUUUUAUUCUUUAAAGGGAUAUUCCGGCGUAAAAUUAAGUAAGGGUCAAACACACCGUAACACCGAGUUAGACACCCCGUCAACAGAUGAAUGUUGCUGACCGCUGGCAUUUCAAGUUAUACCAACUUUAGUAAUGACCGCACGAUAGCAAUACACAGUGGUCUCAGAAGCUAUACACAAACCUCAAUCAAAACACCACUCUAUAGCUACAAGAAAUGCUCAGAACAGCACCUAACUUUAUCAACAGUACAUUUAAGGUCCUAGCCAUAAUGCUAGCCAUCAAACAUCAUUUUAGCUUUGCCUGAUUUCUUUAGCAAAGAGACUAAACACAACUCACCCACUCUCUUCCAGCAGCUGCUUGUUUGUACAGAGACUUCCGGGCGAGUCCAUUACUGCAGCGGGGUGACCCAGCUCAAGGAAGAACAUUUAUGAUCAUUUCUUUAUCAUUUCCUUGAAGUAAUAAUCACCAUCAUAUUAAUCAUUUUGCACUGCAGACAUGGUAGUUUUUCUGCCUUAGAGUCCCGGUCUGAUUGCAUUUCCAUGAAGAAAUAAUCAUAAAUGUUCUUCCCUAGCUGCGUCACCCUGCUGUGGUAAUGUAUUAUUUGUGGCUAUUGAGUGGCUUUUUGGUUGAGCAUGUGGCUCCUGGGACCGCUGUGUAUUGCUAUCGUGUGGUCGUUAAUAAAGUAAAGUUGGUGUAACUAGAAAAGCAAGCGGUCUGCAACAUUAGUCUCUCGACAGGAUGUCUAUCUUGAUGUUAUAGUGUGUUUGACCCUAACUUGAUUUUAUGCUGGACUAUCCCUUUAAGUUUCUACCUUGCCAAUAGUGACAUGUUAUAUCAUUACCUAGCUAUUUUGUAAACAUAUAUGAAGAUCAAGAUGUUCCCAUGCACAUCUUUGAGCCAAGAUGAAACAGCAUCCAGCCUUUGCAGUUUAAAGAUUUUGAGUUGCAGGAUGAUGGUUUCACCACAGCUAACAUCAGCUUAUAGUUUGCAUUCAUAGUGUUUUAAUUUCCUUCACUAACAUCUUCCUUCAGAACUCGAUGCUCCCGCUAACCCCUCAGCUCGAGAUGUGACGGAGUCCAGCUUUACCGUGACUUGGGAUCCAGUCCAGGCCACAAUAGACGGUUACAUGCUAACCCACAGCUCCUCUGAAGGAGAUAGUGGGGAGAUCCCGCUGGGGCCUGAAACCACAUCACAUAUGUUGACAAGUUUAAAGCCCGGGGUCCUUUACACUGUCUACAUUUGGGCCAUCAAGGGACCCAAAGCAAGCAAGAAGAUCACGACACAAGCUGAGACAGGUCUUCAAUCAUCCCCUCUUCAACCAACUAAAUCCAUACUUACCUUAAAAACUCUUAAACAGAGCCAUUUAGUUCUAACCCCUUAAUGUUCACAAUUUUUCAAACAAUUUUUGACAAGCAAGCUUCAAACUAAAAAUAUGUUUCUCACAUGGUAGAAUACUCCGAAUCAGGUUGUUUAUUCAAAGCAGUUUUCCAAUCUAUCCAUCAUUCAGCUCAUCCAUCUACUUGCCAACUCCCUAUGCGGUUCACAGCAAGCAAAAUAGCCCAGACUUCUUCUUUUCCAAACAGUCUACAUACUCCUUCUCCUCCUGAGCAGUCUCAUACCAGCUCAGAGGUUUUAUUCCUCCAACAUGUCCUGGGUCUAACCUGCAGUCUCCCCUCAGUCAGUCACACCUGCAGGAUUACAAAGCUUUAGGGGUAAUUCUUCCUAAGAGACCAAAAUUAAAGAAAAGAAACUCGUGCAUUCAUAUUUCCAGAUCAAAAGAGUCGCCCUCCGCCAUUUUAACCUCUGGUAUCCAAGAAUAAAUUUAUUUCAGAUAUGUGUAAAGCACUACUUAACAUUUGCAAACCAGAGAGGAAAAACUGUAGACUCAGGAAAUUUAGAGCUUUGGCUCUUUGCUUUUGCAGUGUCUGAAAUGAUUUAGUGGGUCUUCCUCCUCAAUUUCCUAAUCUAUCUGGAUUAUUUGAGCAGCUGUCUGUUUGUCUGAAUGGGAGAAAACACCUCCCACUUUAAAAGGACAAUGGAAGUCUAGUUUCCUCAGUUUGAUACUGUCCACUAGCAGAUCUGAGAGAUGUUCAAAUCAGUCCUCUUUUUACCCUCUCUCUUCGCAGCCAGUACAUUCACCUUGGACUAGAUUUGAAAGGUUAAACAACUAUUAAGUAAACUUUCCAGGACAUUUAGAUGAGUAGUUUCCUCACACGCAGAUAAAAAGAGUGAAGUGAGCAUUGAAAUGCAGCCGUUUCUGCACCAGUGAUAUUCCCAUCCAAAGACUUAUUGCAAAUGCAUUUCAUGCACCCUAAAUGUCCUCAGUCUGCUCAUUUACUCCAAGUCCCUGCAGGCUGCAGGCAUGGCCCCUGUGGUAAAGGAAGCGCUGUUUUGUCACUUAGCUCUUGAACAGAAUUGAAUCUCUUGGCGCACCAUCAGGGUGUUUUGAGACAAAGUGCAGUCAAACAGCUUCAGUCUGAUGAGAGCUCAGCUGCAAAGACACCUCUGGGACCCCGUGUUGUCUUUUAAAAAUGUAAUAACCGGGCCCUUUUGUCUGUUAUAUGAUCUCCAUUUUAACAUGAAGAAACUAAUGAGAAAAUUAAAACAUCACAGUACGUCCAUCAAUCCAUUCUCUCCAUGUCAGGGGGCUAGAGCCUUUCUCAGCUGUCAUUGCGUUAGAGACAGGUACAUCCUGGUCAGGUUCAACAUAAAACACUGAGAAAUUUUGAACUGGCAAUGUUAAAAGGCAAACACAGAGAUUAAAGAGAUAUUCUGGCGUAAAAUUGAUUUAGGGUCAAACACACUGGAACACUGAGUUAAACAGCCCCUCGAGAGAUGAAUGUUGCUUACUACUUGCUUCUCUAGUUACACCAACUUUAGUAAUGACCGCAAUAAUGCUCAGAACAGCACCUAACUUCAUAGACAGUACAUAUCAGGUCCCAGCCAUAGCACUAGCCACCAAACAUCUUUUUAACUUUGCCUAAUUUCUUUAGAAAAGAAAGUAAACACAACUCACCUACUCUCUUCCAGCAGCCGUUUGUUUGUAGCGAGACCUCAGGCCAGUCUAUUACAGACUGCUGUGGGGAAGAGCUCAAGGAAGAACAUUUAUGAUCAUUACUUUAUCAUUUCCUUGAAGUAAUAAUCACCAUAUUAAUCAUUUUGCACUGAAGACGUGGUAGUUCUUCUGCCUUAGCAUGAAGAACUGAUCAUAAUUGUUCUUCCUUGAGCUGCGUCACCCCACCUCAGUCGAUUAUGUGGUUGCUGGAUGAGAGCGGGUGAGUUGUGUUUGGUCUCUUUGCUAAAGAAAUCAGGCAAAGCUAAAAAGAUGUUUGGUGGCUAGUGCUUUGGCUGGGACCCUAUAUGUACUGUUGAUGAAAUUAGGUGCUGUUCUGAGAAUUAUUUGAGGUGUUUUGGUUGAGGUUUGUUUAAGGCUCCUGAGACCUCUGGGUGUUACGGUUUGUUUGACCCUAAAUUAAUUUUAUGCCGGAAUAUCGCACACUGAUAUAAAGCAAAUGCUCUGUUUUCAUUUACUCAUCUUGGGGUAAGAAAUGAAAAUACACAUCUUGUGGUGGCCGUUUCUUGAUCUUGUAGAUUGCAUCAGUAGUAUGUUAACACUCUCACUAACAUCUUCCUCUAGAACUGGAUGCUCCUUCUAACCUCUUAGCCCGAGAUGAAACAGAGUCCAGCUUCAUCGUUUCUUGGGAUCCUGUCCGGGCCGACAUUGAUGGCUACAUGUUAACCUACAACUCCUCUGAGGGAGAUAGUGAGGAGAUCCCGCUGGGGUCUUACAGCACUUCUUACACUCUGACUGGUCUGAGGCCUGGGGUACUUUAUGCUGUCUACAUUUGGGCUGUCAAGGGGAGCAAAUCAACCAGGAAGAUUUCCACAGAUGCAGAGACAGGUUACUAUACUGCACACAGGCAGAAUUUUUAUUUGGUGGUAAAAUGUGUCCUUGUCUUUAUUGAAAGAUUCUGUUGAAUAUAAACUAAGAAUGUAAAUCAGGGAUUAUAACACAUAUUGUAUUGUCUAAAGCCGAUCCUGAAAUCAGAGAAAGAACCCUCAUACGGGGAAUAUAAGCAAAAGUAACCACAAAGCCAUACAGACAGACUCAGGAUUGUGUUUUAAAUAUGUGUCCUGCCAGGCAUCCAAAAGCCAUGCAGGACCCAUAAGCAACACAGCUGCGGCACUGUUUUAAACAACACUGUGAUCCUCAUGUUGCACGAAGCUGUUUUUUCAGUAACAAGUCCCAGGUAUCUUUGCAGAAACAAAUUCAAACAGGUUUCAGCUCCUUACUGUUAAAAAAACAAAGGCCUUCGUCUGAGUGUUUCCACUCAGUCUGGGCGACAUGUGGCACUGGCUUGGGGGAGUGUUUGUACUUCAGAAGCAGUGAGUUUGUGAAGUAUGUGCAGAUGCAGAAAAGCUGCUACUUUUCAGAUCAAGAAAGCAGGAACUUGAAUAUUUUUAUUAUACAGAGCCUCUAUUGGCCCAUGAGGUGUUUUCUUCUAUAUAAAGUACGUACAAAAUUCAAACUACAGUUAAUAUAUUGUGCGCACAAGAUGACUAUUCCCUAAAAAUUAACCUUGUGCACCUUACCAUAUUCAUAAAGUGGUAAACUGUUGUAAAAAAGUGAAUUAUCUCCUUUAUAUAAGUUUAUGUAUUGUUCAUAAGAUAACUAGCUAACAUAAGUACAUGUUAAACUGUUGUGUACUUGUAUUUAUGAAGCAUAUAUAUUCAUCCUUCUGACUAUUCAAAGCACUUUUACGCCACUUCUUACAUUCAUACACUGAUGGCAAAGUUGUGAGAAAAAGAUAAUUGUCAAGUGCACACAAUUUAACAAUUUGUGGUUUUAGAGUUAAUUCUGAUAAUUAAUGGGGAUCAUUUUGGAUUUAGUCAAGAGUUCGAAAAACACAGCUUGGUUAUGUCCUUGGGUCCAAGUUGAGUUUGCUUUAUUUUUUGGAUUUAUUGACUUCUUAGUUAAGGAAAAUCUGUUUAUGACAUUUAGACAUUUAUGCAAUCCACUUUUUGUGCCAGAUGACUGCUCUUACUAAAACUGUAAAUAUUCUACUAAGUUUUAUUUUCUAAACUGCAAAACUUUCAGGAAGCACCUAAACGCCUCAUAGGACAGGAAAUGUUUCUCACAGACCAGGCCAGUCAGGGUCAAAGUAGAACUCAUGCAGCUUAGAGUGGGGUAAAAAUAGCAGCUGCAGCACAUGGUGAAUGUGUUACAACAGAGGUAUCUUUGUGUGUGCCAGAUGAUGUGUAAAAUCACCUGGGAGCUCUAAGUGAAAGCUGGAUCUUUUUCAAUUAGGCAGCAAAAGGCCGAGGUCUGGAUUAUAAACUUGUCACGUCGUAACUCAUUAGAAACCAUCGCUGGCUGCAGAACAGUGUGGCGCUGAGGUAGGAUAGGAAAGUCAUUGUGUCAUGGGGUAUCAUCUGGGAUGCAUAAAAGCACAUGUUAUUACAAUUGUGACUUUACUGGACCUCGUAACAAGCACCAUCAAUAUGUCAUUUAAAACUGUCUGAAAGCAACAUCGCCAUAUUUCACAGUCUGAUGAUAACAAUGAAACUUCUACAUAUGUCACUGUUCUGACUAUCAUUCCCUUUUAUACAGUGAUAGUUAAAAAGAUCGUCCAAUGAUUGAUUCACAUAAACAAUGGAAGUGUUUAUAGAAAACAUAGUCUGUAAUGCAUGACUCCCGACCUGAUGCGUUAUAGUUGGUGACAAACUCUUACUCUGAUUUCAUGAGCCACGGAAAAUUACGACUCCUACUGUUACAGCAGGCGUCUCCAUGGCAGACAAAUUAUUUCAGCGUCUGUCGUAGGUCAAACCUCCAAAGCAUUUAAAUCAAGCGGAGGCUAAGAACCAGUUUAUCUGCAGAGGCAAACAGUAACUCAGCAUGUGGGUGGGAGUCAUCUCUGCUGUGUGCUUCAGCUGCAGAGAGGCUGAGAAGCAAGAGACUCAGGCACAUUCAUUUUUCUGCGAUAAAUAUAGAAUAAAGGAUGAAACCUGCACACUUUAGAUAUCUGACUGGAUAUGAAAAAUUUUACCCUCAUCCAGCCCUGGGUUGACACCUGAGCGAAGAUGAACAAAGAGUAAAGCAGACACCUCAUCCUUGUACAGUAAUCUGCUGUUAUUUACCCUCCAAUCUGCAGAGAUUGAUUCCCCCAGGGACCUGAAGGCGACAGAUGUGGAGCUGGACUCUGCCGUUCUGACCUGGAUUCCUCCUCUGGCUGACAUUGAGGGGUACAUCCUCACAUACAGAGAUGAGGAAGGAAAGAUGGAGGUACUAAGCCGGGAGGUUUGAUACACUCACACAGACAAUGACAAGUAAAAUUAACUACAGAGAUUAGCUGUUGAAUUAAGUUUGUACUUUUUGAGACUUAAAUGUGAUAAAAAGAAGGUUAAGUACACAUUUAAAUGUUUUACAUGUGUAGAAAUGAAGAAAUCAGCAUUGUCAAGUAAAGAUAAUUAUGAAGACUGCAUAAACAUGAAGACAAAUUAUGCACACACUCACACUCAUGCAAAUCUGGGUUGACUAAACAGGAGGAUGAAGAUUUACUCCUAUAUUUUUGGAUUAAAGCAGAGUUGCAGCAUCCUAUCACUGUAUUGAAUAAUAUGUGUAUAUAUACAAUAUAUAUUUCGAUUGUCAUUGUAAAUGCUGCCUGGAAAAUGCUUUUUUUAGUCUGAAAUAGGCUGAAAAUGCAGCAAAGAUAGGCUACUGUGUGAUAUGUUUGUGGAACACUGACCUCUUGUGGCGGAAAAUAAAACCGACCCACUGGAAGUCACUUUAAUUACAUAGGCAGAUAAGAUGAUUGACCAUUUAAUAUUUCUAAUCAGGUUUUAUAAAAAUAGCACUCAUAUUAUCUCAGUGUCUAACCGACAGAUUCAUCACAGUCAGUCUGUUAACAUACUGUUCAUCAAAUGAGACGAGUCUCUCACUGAUUAUUCUUUCACUACUUUUGUUGUUUAUUAAUAUCAGACUGUUGAAAAGCGGCUUGGAGCCAGAGAGAGCAGAUUCUCUGUGUCUGGUCUGGAGAUGGGAAAGAAAUACAUGGUGACCAUCAUUGCCUACAGGGGGAACAAGAGGAGCAGAGUGGUAGAGACUACCUUCAAAACAGGUGUGUACUUAGUCUGCUGAGUCAUCUCUGUCUUCUGCAGGUCCACAGGUUGAGUUGCAUUAUGAGCCUUUCUUUUGUUCUACUCUUUUUUUGUGCCUUACCAUAAGCAUCAACCUUUUUUUAAAUGUUUGUUUUUUUAUGGGGUUGUGUGAGGUACUUGUAAAAGGAUCCCUGCCACUGUGUUGAGAAACAGAGUAGAGAACCAGCACAGAAGCAAAGCUAUCAACCGCUACAGACAGAGUAUGUGUCUCAUUUGUUGCUUAAAGUUAUGUCAUACUAAGAUGUACUAAAGCCAAAACUAAAACGUAUCAGUAUACUGGGAGUAGCUGUAUGCCUGGUUUCUCAACAGAGGGCUGGGCAGAAACCUCUACAGGUAAUACACCUGUAGAUAAAUGCUUCAUACAACCCCAUGAAAAAAAAAAGAGAAUAAAAAACAGUAUUCCAUUAAAUUACCAUAAAUGACUUGACUAUAUCUUCUUUUCUAGUUGGUCUGAUGUACCCCUUCCCAAUGGACUGUGUUCAGAUCAUGAAGAAUGGCAAUAAGAAGAGUGGUAUCUACACCGUCUAUAUCAACAAUGAUCGCGCCAAAGCCAUCGAGGUUUACUGCGACAUGGACACUGAUGGAGGCGGCUGGCUUGUAAUUCCUUUUAUAUAUAUAUUUGCACUUAGACUAUGGCCAGACUCUAAUGCAGUAAAGAUUUUAAAUGCUUUAAUCAUCAUGGAACUACUCACCUUGCUAAGGUAGUCAUUUGAUAUCACGUAGGUUUUGUUUUUUUUAUUCUGAAAGAUGAUCCUUGUAAUUCAUGCUGUUGAGCUGAAGUUUUUAAAAUCUGAAUCCAACGACUCCAGGAACAAUAAAUACCUUGGGCACCAAAGCUGAUCUUUUCAAUGUACUUCAAAAAUCUUUUGUUUGUAGUUUCUAAACUAAAAAAAAAGAUGUUCCCUUUCAUUGGUAGUGGAUUAAAGAUAUUACUUUCACAGGGAAUUAGGUGUUUGAAAUGGUAACCAGCAUUCAAAAACAUUAGUUGCAGCUGCUGCCCGUGAACAUCCUACUUUUGCUGCUUGCAGAUGCUCCAGCGACGUACCACUGGCAAGUUGGACUUCAUGAAGCGCUGGAGGCAGUACAUAGCCGGGUUUGGCAAUAUGACAGAUGAGUUCUUCAUCGGUGAGCUCUCCAGUUUUCAGUAUUUUUUUGUCUGCCACACUGAAACAGGCUCGUAUGCACAAUAAUGGAGUAUUUUAAUAUUGCAUCUUGUUCACCUGUUCUCUGUGUUUCUGCUCCCUCAGGUAUGGAUAAGAUAUAUGAGCUCACCAACACGCCCACUCAGUAUGAACUGAGGUUUGACCUGGGCCUUGGAUCUGAGAGAGCGUAUGCUGUUUAUGACAACUUUAAGAUUGCACCGGUCAAGCAGAAGUUCAAACUCACCAUUGGUGCAUACAGAGGAACAGCAGGCGAGCCUUUUUUUGCUGGAAAAAUCUGCCAAAAAAACACAAUAAACUGCCACAGAGGAGACAGCCGGAACAACUUUGCAAGCUCACAUUUUCUCUCUGACUGUUAACUCAAAUAGAAAAGAAAAAAGAGUGGGCAAGGGUGGGAGUGAGACCGACAGGAGUGGGAGUAUAGGGGUUCCACACAGUAGGCAUCUCACCCACAAGUCUUUGGGGUGCUGAGAAAGCACACCAACAGUAGGUGGGAUAUUUUACUUCAGGCAGUUAAAGCAGCUGUGUGGGGAAGGGGUAUAUCUGAUGAAGGCAGGGUUGUGGUGAGCUUUGAAGCCAGACAGAUACAGAUGCACAUCAGGUGGCACGCUGUGUCUACACGUACCACAGCGUGCUGAAACAACACUUACUGAAAGUAGCUAUUUCUGGCAUUUCAUUAAAUUUUAUCCAUCAGAGAGCACAUGAAGACAAGGCACUGAGCUGCAAAACUCUCUGAAAACACUUCUGAAAAAGGAUUAGUAUACGGCUUAUUCUCACUGCUUUUUAAAAACACAAACUGAUUUUUGUUGAUUAUUCCCAGGUGAUGCUAUGACCUACCAUCAAGGCCGGCCCUGGACCACAGUCGACAUGGAUAAUGACAUCGCCUUGGGUAACUGUGCUUUAACCCACAGGGGAGCUUGGUGGUACAAAAACUGUCACCUUGCCAACCUCAAUGGGAAGUGGGGAGACAACAGGCACAGUAUGGUGAGUGAGCAGAAAAGCCACUGACAGAAAUUUAAGCAUUUUUCAAGGGUUACCUGACUUAUUCUGAAUGUGCUGAUGUGUGUUUAAAAGGUGUAAUUGAACAGCUGUCAGACCCGACCCAAGUGGCUCGGUGUUUGUAGCAGAUACUAAUGUGCAACCCUCAUCCCUGGAGGGCUUUUGUGAGAGUAAAUAAUGAAAAAUUAAAAAAAAGAGGGGUAAGUCGAGGUGAGGUUAACUUGAUAAAGCAAGAUUCUGUAAAACACACUUUUAGCAUUGUCAAAACCUCAGAAAACAACAUGAAAAGAAGCUAGUCGCUGUAUAAAGCAAGACAACAAUAAUGUAGAGAGGUUUAGGAUGAUUUUCUUGUUGUCUGUGCCAAAGAUGUUUUGCAGAAUGAAACAGUAAUAUUGCAACUUGAAGCUACUCUUGUGGAUCUGCUGCAGCUCUGUUGUCUCUUCAUGUACUGCAGAAUAGUGGAGGAGCAAAUCCGUUUCAACAUUCAAACAUAUGCAGGAACAAAAAUGAAUAUCUUAUAUUCUCUUAAAAUUCAGCAUGUCCAGGAUUUUACCGCCUGAUUGAAAAAGCACUCAGUGACCCUGGGACCAGGUCAUUGAGCCUAAGAACACAUAGGGUAUCUAGAUUUUAGAAACAGAAAGUCUGAAGGUCAAGCUGUUGAAGAAGAUUCAGUCACAAGCAUGUGAUGGGGACAAAACAUAACUUUAAACACAGUUAAAAAUGGUAGAUGCAUCAGUUGCUCUUAUUAGAGAAAUUUACGAAGUCAUGCGUCACGCCACCCUUGUUCAUAAUUUGACUGAUUGCAUUCUUAUUUUUUUCCCCAACAUUUUCCAUAAGUUUGUAUGGAAGUUUAACCCACUCUUAUGAGGUGAGAGUGUGGUAACUAAGUAAUUUAUUUAGCAAGACGUUGAUUCACAAACUAAAAAGGAUGGACCCCAAGACAAGUCCUUAAAGGGAUUCCUGUUUCCAUUUUGUAAAACAAAAAACAAAACAAAACAAAAAAAAAAAACCAGACAAGCCAUUAUUGAUCACAACAGUCUGCUCACGACCCUUUGAAUAUGAAUAUAACCAUGACAGACAGGAACACUGCACCAAUGUGAUUUCCUUCAUCUAGUGACUGUGUUAUAUCUUCUAUGAUAAAGAAGUAGUUGACUCUGUGGAAUACAAACAAAACGAAAAAGGUAUACGGACAUCUAUCUGGUCUUUUAUACAAGAUGUCUAGGACUCUGAUCUCUCUUAUUCCCAGAGUGUCUUCAGGCAAAAUACUAUUCCACACCUUUUUACUCACUGCCUGUAUUUCAAUGACCCAUUAAAUGCGCAGUCAAAUAAAAGGACUGUGUGCCAGUGUAAACACCUGUUAUCAGCAUUUAAAGUCGGACUAAUUAUGACAUGGUUUUACUGUUUAUCAUUAAAAACACAAAAUGAAUUUUUAGAGUAGUUCCAGUGUAUUUAAACCUACAGGCCCUGAUUAUGUAAAUAUUGAGGCCCAUAUCGAAUAUAUAAGUUGGCGUUAACCUCCUCAGCCUGGCUGCAGUGUAACCAUUUGGGAUUGUUGUAUUGUAUGAGAAAAGUACCUGUGUUGUUACAAGUGCUUGUUUUUGCCAUCGACAGACUUGAACUGUUCUUCCAAGAGUCUGACAACUUCAUGGAAAAGAUUGCUACCUUUAACUCCAAGUCAUUUCUCUAUCAUCCUCACCUUGAAACAACUGUCUUCUCCCGAGAUUUAGGAGAGUGAGUUCAGUCUCUGCUUCAAAAAGGAAAGGCUUUGUCUUGACACAGUCUCUAUCUCAGCAGGAACCACUUCCAAAAAAUCCUCAGACAGAAUCAUUGACUUUUUUUUAUUAUUUUUUUUUAGUGUAGUGUUCCUUGACACCAACAGGGGGCACUCUAUUGAACAAAGCCAAGUCAAGUCUUUGAACUACUGUGGGAAAAGCUGUAUGCAUGAGAAUAUGAAAAUAUCUUUCCCUCAUUUUAUUAUUCUCAGGAAAUCCUAUUUUUCCUUUUUUUUAUAAAUCCAAGUUUGUUUAAAGUUCUUGUUCUUAAGUCUGCUCAUUAUGUUAAGCUGCACCGAAGACUUUUUGUCCAAACAAUAUUGAUUUUUCAUACUUGUGAAUUAAAAUGCAAGAGGUUCUCUGUGCUGUUUUAUUCUGUUUGCUAUUCUAAACCUUCUUCACCUCAAAAUGUCAAUGUGGCGAAUUAAAUAUGCAACUAGUGCUCUUGAUAAAUUCAGAAGUUACUGGAUGUUUUAUAACACAAGCUUAGUAACUAAGUUAGAAACACUUUUGCAACUUUUUUUUUUUCAUUGUAUAAUCUUCUGUGAACUGCUGCAAGAAAGCAUCCAUAGUUUGUCUUCUUCUUCAACUCACACAAACUGCUUACCCUGUUAAUUCUGCUUCUGUAAUACAGACACAACAUCACAGGAACUUGUUAACACAAAAACAAAAAGACAAAAAAGUGCUAACCACGGGCUGUUCUGCUGUCAGAAAUCAAAGACAACUUCAUGCCAGCCCACUCCUUUUUUGUGUUUUUUUUUGGAUUGUGGAGGUGAGGCAAAACUGGCCUGAAUCCAUCAGUGGUGAUAGGAAAACACAUUGCUCACACCAGCUAUAAACCAUAAGUGUGUUUUUACCAGGCUGAUAGGGUAACAACAACAGUUAUUAUGUCUGAGGGAGACUGAUGCUGAAGGAAAUGCCAGGGGAGACCUCUGCUCUUGUCGAGAUCUCAUCCAUAAUAUUGCUGCUGCAGAUGUCUCCCGCAAUGUUUGUCUGCAAAAUGUAAUAACAGUCAAAACAAGUUUGUACUAACACGAAAUGAAGCCAGAGGCUGGUAUUUAUUAGUGUUUGUCAUCCCACCUGUCUGUCAUGCUGCCUGCCUCAUCCUCUGUGUUGCUAAUGUUUUUCCUUUCUCUUUUAUCUCUCCAAUUCUCCUUCAAACCACGCUUUUGCUUUUCCUCUCUUGUGAUUACACCCUCUUUUUUUUUUUUUGCUCGCAGGGAGUGAACUGGGAGCCGUGGAAGGGCCACCUGACGUCUCUUGACUUCACUGAGAUGAAGAUCCGGCCUGUGGGUGCCAUGUCAAGCAGGAAAAGGCGAUCACUGAUGGCCAGAGAGAAGAGUAAAACCAAAAACCUUCAAGAGAUAUAAAGUGGCGUCUCCCACCAUGACGACACAGCCAUUAUCAGUCCCACCGACGUGCCUUCAUGCUAGAUUUUGGUGUUUCUAUUCAUAAUAUGUCUCAGUGCUCUGACUACAUAAGAAAUUACUCUGAUCCAUGUGUGAGUGCGUGUGUCUCACCUCUCUGACAAAUGCCCGCUGUUGUGAAAAACAAUCACAUGUAAUAGUAGAAGUAACUUAUAAUCUUUUCAGAUACAUGAUGAUUAGAGGGGUUAAAUGGCAUUGUGGGGAAGCAAAAGAGUAAAAUAAGAGUUGUUUUGAAGUGAACUAAAGUGUA